UUAGUGAUGAACCAGCCUUAGUGAUAACCCAGGCUUAGUGAUAAUCCAGGCACAGGCCUAGUAUGAUAACCCAGACUUAGUAUGAUAUCCCAGGCUUAGUGAUGAACCAGCCUUAGUGAUAACCCAGGCUUAGUGAUAAUCCAGGCACAGGCCUAGUAUGAUAACCCAGACUUAGUGAUGAACCAGGCUUAGAUAACCCAGGCUUAGUGAUAAUCCAGGCUUUAGUGAUGAGCCAGGCUUUACAGUGCUUGACGUCCUAUUUAAUAGCAGUUUUUUAUUAAGCCCCACUUGCUGUUCCUAAUGACCAGUUUUUUAAUAUGAAAUAUAAUCUGACUCAGCGACUUAAUGUCAGUGCAUUCUYGAAACUCCUUCUUGAAUCUUUAUUUUAUCAAAUAGUUAAUGAGGUACAAAAGCUUCAAACAUCUAGCUUAACGGCUUCAAGUCAGUUACCUAGUAAAUGUUGGCGAAGUGGGUACUACUAUACAUGURGAUGGAACAACAGAAGGUGUUACAGAAGUGGCUGGUACUACACUUGCUAUCUCAAUUCCCCAUCUACUGGUGUUCUUAACUAUCAAAGUAACAGAGGUGGGUGGGUUCCAAGUAGMAGCCAACAGUCAGAGUUUCUGCAGGUGACACUUUCAGGCCUGUAUUAUGUGACAGCUGUUGCUACUCAAGGGCGAUAUGGAGGAAGUGAGUUUGUUACUACAUAUAACUUGAAGUUCAUGGAUGGCUACAGACAAGAAUUGGGAUUUCAAUACUACAAGGAGGAUGCAGAAGUAAGAGUAUUCRUUGGUAAUCAAGAURCCAACACCGCAAAGAAGAAUUCCCUUGUUUACCCAAUUUAUACAAAGUGGGUCCAGUUUCACCCACUCACCUGGGUUUCUGGGAUUGCAUUAAGGGUUGCCGUGUAUGGAUUUGGAGAUGCUUCCUCAAGUCCACAUGGCUGUUCUUCAACACUAAUACAAGGACAUGUCCCAGAAACAGGUGGUCCUGGUACUGUGUAUAUCAGUGGUCAGGAAAACAAUGUGCGCUCAAAGGUUAUCCAUAUUAAUAACCAUGGAAAAAGACCAAGGAUCAGUUCAUCAUCAGACUUUAACACAUUCAAGCAAACAGGUGCUGCAGCAUGGGUGCCUCUUAUUUCUACGGACCUCAACCAAAUAGCUUUAUCUGGAGGUUCUCAUGCUGUUUUGACAGGCCAGGGAGUGCAUGCUAAGGUCAACAAGGUAACCGAUGACGGUUCAGGCAAAUUGUAUGUCGCCUCUUCUAUAGGUAUAAAGGAACAAUUGUCUCCAUGCACAAAGGUUUUCAAAGAUGGAAACAUUAACAUAACAGGUGGAUCACCAAAUGUCACUUUAGAUCGCGACAUAGAUGUAUAUGGCAGUUUCUCUUUUGUUGGUAGUCCCAAUGUCUACAUAGGACAACACAAGGGAACCUUUACCAUUCAUUCAGGAGAUUCACCAAGGACAAUAGAACUGCAGAACUUAUUAAUUGCACCAUCAGCGGGAUUUCAGCUAUUAAAUUACAAUCCAAGUUCUCCUUCAAGCUGCCUAUGGAACUUACAUUUGAUGACUUCUUCAGGCUUGCUAUCGUUAGGGAACGCCGCUCGAUUUCGUGUUGAUUGUUCGCUUAAUACCACAGGUACUGCAUUGGUUGUCGGGCCAAGUUCUGAUUUUUCAGUGGUUCAGAGCUCUAAUCAAACAAAUCUGGAAUUUAGUCGUCUGGACAUUAAAGGAAAGGCUAAAAUAUUUGGAAGUGUCAUGUCCACGGUUGUCGCUCGAUCUGUGCUUAUAGAAGGAACAUUCAAUGUCUCUAAAUUAAGUAUAGCGUCUGGGUGGACGAGUCUGGUAGUUCGAAGUACUGGUACUUUUGAAUUGAGUCCUAUUGGAUGGUUUGCCUUGGAUCACUUUGAAGUUAGUGGAACGUUUACAGCCGGGAAUCCAAUAAAGAUAAGAGGAUUAUCGCAACAAAACCUACCAGAAGUGUUGGUAACACAAGGGGGGCUGCUGAAAAUACUUUCCAAGAACCCAGACACUAUUCUUUGUGAUCGUGCAGUCUUCAACGAUUCUGAUUUAUCACACAGUGAAACAUCGCAGCUUUACACCAAUAAAAUUACGGUUUAUGGCAGUUGGGUUUCGAACAAAGUCUCAAUCAAGUCAGGACUUCAAUCACUCACAGUGCAUGAGACAGGACGAUUUCAAUUUGAACCUGUAGACUGGGUUUCAGUCGAUUAUUUUGACGUCAGAGGAGAGUUUAAAGCUUUAAAUUCUAUUAAAAUGAAAGGCCGCAACAAACCAAAAACGAUUGUGAGCGUCGCAGCACGAGGUAAGAUUGACGUCCAAACAAAAUUGUCAUCUUCUGCAUGUAAUGGCAGUGGUAUGCUAUCAGCAAGUGACUUGAUUGUAAAUGCAACGUCCAUUAUGCGAGCUGAACAAGUUACCAUUAGCGGAGUGUUCCAGACGUCAAAAAUGACAAUACAGCCUGGCUGGAACUAUCUCGAUAUAAAGAAUACAGGCAGUUUUCAGUUUGAUCCUGUUGAUGCCUAUUCGUUUGAUAAUGUCAUCGUCAACGGUACUUUACGCGCAUUAGAUGCCAUUAGAAUUAAGGGAUUGACUAGUAGUAAAGUCAGAACCCUUCUAAUUGGAAAGUAUGGUAAGGUUUAUUUAGAAACCAAGACAACCGAUAGUAUAUUGUGUGAUAAGAUCAAAUUCCAGGAACGUGAUAUCACUAAAAGUGGAGCGUCUUCUGUUCAGGCUGAUCUUGUAACCAUUUCAGGAAGCUGGAAUGCAAAGAUGCUUUCGAUUAGUCCCGGAUGGGCAGCACUUAAUGUAUCACAGACGGGAUCGUUCCAGUUUCAUCCUAUAGACUGGUUUUCGUUUGAUGAUCUUCACGUGAAUGGCACCUUCAAGGCUUUAAGGAGCAUCAAGAUGAAAGGAUUCUCACAAGCUAAAAUAGCAUCCUUGACUGUUGGGCCACAUGGUUCCGUUACGGUUUCAACCGAUUCGAAACUGGUGUUAUGCAACAAUGGCAACUCGUACUCUGAAAUCAUAGUUAAUGAGACAUCCAUUGUUCGAGCUGACACAGUUUUUAUUUCUGGGGACGUUUCUUUCCAAAAGCUCACAAGUCUUCCAGGCUGGGGAAAAUUCACUUUGAGGGAGUCAUCCUCAUUCCAAGUAGAUCCAGUAGGUUGGUUUAUGUUCAAUGGAAUGACUAUUGAUGGGAGGUUUAUUACUUAUAACUCAAUAAAAAUGAAAGGGAGGAACCAAGAAAAGAUUACCAGAAUUUCAGUCGGCAAGUAUGGCUACGUCAGUAUUCAGCCACAGGCACUGGAUAAAGUGAUAUGCGAUCAAACAAACUUUUCAUCAGUUGACUUUAUUUCAAGCGGCAUAUCUUUGGUCAAGGCUUCGUCCGUUAGCAUAGCGGGUACAUGGUUGACAAAGAAGCUGUCUAUUGCACCAGGCUGGAGUGCUCUAUCCAUUCAAAAGACGGGCAAGUUUGAGUUUCACCCAAUAGACUGGUUUUCUCUUGAUAAUAUAUACACCGACGGUAUCUUUCAUGCUUUGGACUCGAUUAAAAUGAAGGGACUGUCAAGUGUCAAGAUAUCAAGUAUUUACGUUGGAAAGACGGGCAGAGUUACCAUAGACACAAAAGCAAGUACCGCUUCAUCGUGCACAGGAACUGGAAUUCAGCAAUCAUCGGGUUUGAUUGUAAAAGGAAUAUCUUUACUUCGUGCAGAUAGAGUAACAGUUGCCGGAAGUUUUAUUGUCAAAAAACUGACUACUCUUCCAGGAUGGGGUGACUUUGCACUGCAAGACUGGGCGACUUUCCAAUUUGAUCCAGUUGACAUGUUUUACUUUAACAACAUUGUUAUACACGGAAGCUUUAAAUCGCUAAAUGCCAUUAAGAUACAAGGUACAUCUCAGCUUAAAGUUAACCUCAUAAAUGUUGGUAAAAAUGGAGCUGUUCAGAUUUUACAUCAGGCACCCGAUAUCGAUUUGUGUGACCGACAUAAUUUCUCAACGCUUGACUUUGUUAGAAGUGGAAUUUCGAGUGUUCGGUCAAGGCAAGUUAAUAUUGAAGGGACUUGGACAUCCAGAAAAUUAUCAAUUAAUCCAGGAUGGAGCUCUCUGGUUAUUCAAAAAUCUGGCAAAUUUGAGUUUGAUCCCAUCGAUUGGUUUUCGUUUGAUAGUGUACAAGUUGAUGGUAGUUUUCACUCAUUGAAUUCACUGAAAAUGAAGGGACUUACUGGAGUCAAAAUAUCGAGUCUCUCAAUAGGUGCUUUUGGUAGCUUCUUAGUUGAUACUAAAUCAAGCACGGCAAUAUCUUGCACAGGAGCAGGUCUGCCUUCACCAGGUGACUUGAUAAUAAAUGGAACAUCUUUGAUUCGUGCAAACAAAGUGACAAUCGGUGGUAGAUUAAUUUUGAAGAAGUUAUCAAUUCUUCCAGGUUGGGGCAAUUUGACAAUUCAAAGGAAAGCUAUCUUUCAGUUUCAACCUGUGGAUUGGUUUGAAUUCAACAAUAUUGCCCUCCACGGAAGUUUAAAAGCGUUGAAUUCUAUCAAAAUGAGAGGGACAUCACAGCCUAAAAUACAGACCAUUACAAUUGACCAGUAUGGAAUUCUUCAGAUACAGUCACUGGCGUCUGGUCACGGUAUCUAUGACUGUUUAAACUUUACAUCAAAUGAAUGCGUAGACCGUGGGAUAUCUUUGGUUAAAGCAACACGGGUAUCAAUUGCAGGACAAUGGCUAUCACCUAAACUAGCCAUCAAUCCCGGAUGGGAAAGUCUCACCAUUGGAAAAACCGGUCGCUUUCAGUUUGAUCCUGUCAAUUGGUAUUCUUUUGACAAUGUCAAUGUUGAAGGAAAUCUACGAUCAAUGAAUUCAAUUAGAAUCAAAGGCUAUUCUCGUGUAAAAGUACUCAGCAUAUCAGUUGCAGAUAAAGCCGUUGUGAAUAUCGAAUCCAAGGUUCCUUAUAAACUGAUUUGUGAUCGUCUGAAUUUCUCUAAGGUUGAACUCAUUGACAAUGGAAUAUCAUUAGUACAAGCUCACAAAGUUGUUAUUGCCGGAACGUGGCAAGUCAAUAAGCUGGCAAUUCGACCAGGGUGGGAAUCUUUAACAGUACAGCAAUCUGGAAAUUUCCAAUUUGAACCUGUUGACUGGUUUUCUUUUGAUAAUGUGGCUGUAGAUGGAAAGUUGACGGUGCUUGACUCGGUGAAAAUGAAGGGUGUUACUAAUGCUAAAGUGGCCAGUAUUAGUGUUGGUGUCAAAGGUACUGUAGAUAUAGCUACAAAGCCAAACAGUGCCUCAGGUUGUGUCGGGACUUCACAAAACGCAAGUGUGAUUGUCAAUGGAAUAUCUAUUGUUAAAGCUGUUCAAGUUUCCAUAGCUGGUAAAUGGACGAUUAAGAAACUUACUAUCAAACCUGGAAUGACAUCCCUGACAGUGGCAGUGACAGGAAAAAUGGAACUUAACCCAGUCGAUUGGUAUAACAUUGAUAAAAUACUAGUCAAUGGAAACCUGGAGGUUUUAAAUGAAAUUCUAAUCAAAGGACUAUCAAAAAAUAAAACUUCCACCAUUGAUGUUGGUUCAAAAGGCAGAGUGAACAUUCCUUCAAAACAUCUAAGCAUAAUUCUAUGCGAUCGAGUUUCCAAUUAUGGUUAUAUACAAAUUGGAUAUCUUAGCAUAGGCAGUGGAUGGCAGUAUUUAGGCGUUCUCGGAAAAAAUGGUAUACUAAUAUUCAAUACGGACGACCCGAUGCCUAUUACAUCAACCCAAGUGAGUGGUUCUGUGACAACGACGUCUCCCUUGGGGCCGUCAGAUCCAAUUUCUGGACAUCAAUUUGUUGUGGAACAACCUGGUCGUGUUUUAAUAAAUCACCAAGGUCCUCCUAUGGGCUCUGGCAAGGGAGCUCUCAACACCACAAUCCUUAUGUCUGGCAAAUUCCAAAUUGAAGGGGUUUUCAAGGCAGGCUCACUGUAUGUAAACGCGUUCGAUGUUAUUGUGGGUACAUCAGGUACUAUUGACGUCAACGCUGGUGGAUGUCUGGGUGCCAGUGGGACUGGCGCUGGAGUCUCCUCUACGGCAGGAGCGUCAGGUGCCAGUAAUGGCGGCAGAGGUGGAAGAGGCUCAGGAGCUCUAGCGCAGCAUCGACCUUAUGGCGAUAUCUUUACAAUCGGGAAAUGGGGAAGUGGUGGAGGACAUGGAGCUAGUGGAGUGGGUGGAGGUAGAGGAGGGGGCAUGCUUCAGUUUGAAGUCAGCAAUUCAUUCACUGUGAAUGGAGAGAUCCAAAUGAACGGUCAAGGUGGUCAGUCUUCUAGUGCAGGAGGAGGUAGUGGAGGAUCGCUGUGGGCUGUAACAACAACUUUCAACGGAACCGGAAAUAUAAGGGCCAACGGAGGCAACGGUAAUGGUAAUGGCGGCGGGGGAGCUGGAGGACGAAUAACAGUCAACUAUGUCCAUGGCGGCUUUCACAGUGACAGAACGUGGUCUUUCGGUGGUUCUAGCUCGACAGAAAAUGGAGGACCAGGAGUAGUUUAUCUGGAUGGCAAAUCACCAGCCAUGAGAAAUCUUCGGGUUGACAAUAGAGGCCGCAGUCCGUCGGUUUCGAUGGAUCGUGGGAAUUACCAGCUUUUCAUAUCGACAGGAGCUGUGGCGUAUCUUAAUGCACCAUCCGACAGCUUUACGUACGACUUUACUCAUGUAGAAGUUUACGGUGCAGCUCAUUUGGUAUUCCCUCGUACUGGUGCUGAGGUCAAAGUAAGUCAGUACAUAUAUGGUGACGAUUCAGGUUACAUACACGUUGCUCCAUCAACGACGCUGAACAUGACUGGAACGUCCGAGUAUAAGCGAUUCAAUGUUACUUGGGCACCCAUGAUUUACAGCAAAGGAACAUGGGUAUUUCCAAAUGGAACAAUGGAAUUCAGACUUGCAGAGUGUUUGGCUUACCCGUCUCUGACACGCAGUUCACACGUAGCCAUAUGGGGUACGCUGAUUGGUAAUAACGGUCACUUGAUGGUUGGUUAUGGUGGCACAGUGAGCUUUGAAAAGUCCAGUCCUCACAAUCUCAGAUUUGUAGGCAUCACAAUACAGAAGUCUGGCCGACUAGUCUUUGUCAGUACCCUUUACAACGAAUCAGAUCAAUGGGUUGUAGAGGUUGCAAAGGAUCAUGGACCUGUUUAUCGCGAAGGGCUUGUUACCGUUGAAAACGGAGGACGAAUUGAAGCACGGUCUUUGUGGUUCAAAGCUGUAUCUGUUCUUGUGGAAUCUGGCGGAAUACUGACUCUAGAUGGACAAGGAAACAUAGCAGAUAAAGGUCCAGGUGCAGGGUAUGGGCUAUCCUAUGGUACAGGUGCUGGAUAUGGUGGUCGUGGUGGUCGAAGUACUUCUACACAAAAUACAGGCUCACCAUAUGGGGACUACAAGACGCCACAAGCAUUUGGGAGUGGCGGAGGAAGGGGUGGCUCAGGCGGUGGAGUAUUACGGAUAUAUACUUUAGAAGCGUUGACAGUUGAAGGUGUCAUCACUGUUAGUGGGACGACCAAUGUUGGGAACUCGAAUUCAGGCGGAGGAAGUGGAGGCAGUCUUAUCAUCGAGACUGGUAGUUUAGAGGGUGCAGGUACUAUUCGUGUCAAUGGCGGGGAUGCUUAUGGUAAUGGUGGUGGUGGUGGAGGAGGGAGAAUGGCCGUUUACUGGAAGGACAGGGAAUGGUGGUUUGGCAGCCUUCAGGCAUUUGGAGGAGCCGCUGGAGGAAAUCGAAACGGUGGACCUGGAUCAAUAUACAUGCAGGACACCCAGCAUGGAGUUGUGAAUAGAACAUUGAUCUUCGACAAUAAUAAUCGUUCACCUUACUCAAUGGAAAUAUCUGAUUUGUCGCGGCAUAGCUUGGACAGUGGUAGGGCGUGGCUGCUUCCCCAAGGAAAACAGUACGAAUUGGAAGAGGUGCACAUCAUCAGAGGAGCACAUUUGGCCUUACAUCCUGACAUCAAAUGGCCCCAUGCAGUCAAAGUGUAUACAUUUGUUGGCGACAAAACAGGUGUUCUCCAUAUCGGACCAAAUCAGAUAGCUAUUGGUCAAUUUGCAGAUCAUGAGAAAUUUGAGGUUAACGUGUUUGUACACCGGAAUGGUCACCUUCAUUUACCGCCAACCUUUACGUGCUUUGGUAUACAAAUUACAAAUAGGGGAUAUUUGGGACUUGAUCACAUGACUAUAGCACGUGACUGCCAUCUGUACUUGGGGCUUACUGGAACCACCGAAAAGGCAAAGAAGGAAGGUGUCUUCGAAUUUAAUUCACUCACUGUUGCAGAUGACGGUGAGGUAACCUCGGGUAGUGACGUAGACAGCCACCCAUUGGCCUUUGAUGUCGGUGAGCUCAAUAUCAAGGGAGGUGGUCAUCUACACAUGAAGCGUAUCAUAAUAGAUGCUGGAAACAUGACGGUKGAUGAUCUUGGUACUUUGAGAGGUGACCUUCAUGACCCCAAGUGUGUCGCAGGAGGAGGAAAAGCAGCAUCGGGUUCCUCUGGAGCAGGGCAUGGUGGGAACGGAGGUAGUGGAACAAGCCAAUCACGUGUUGGCGUCGCCUAUGGUCACCUGUAUGAACCGGCCCACUUUGGAUGUAGUGGCGGAGGUGAUGGCGGUGGUCGAGGAGGGGGUAUUGUCAACAUCACUGUGAGAGGUACCCUCAAAGUCGAUGGCUUGAUAAGCGCAAGUGGAGAAAAUGCACGAAAGAUACACGCGGGUGGGGGUAGCGGAGGUAGUAUAUGGAUUAAGACAAAUGUAGUCCAGGGCUAUGGUGAUAUCACAGUUAAUGGGGGACAUGGUUUUGUGGACGUUAGUUCAGGGAACAAUGGAGGUGGCGGAGCUGGUGGGCGCUUGGCCUUGUACUUCAAAAGUAACCGAACAUACAGCGGCUCGUUCCAGGCUCUCGGUGGGAAUGGAACAGGUAGCGCAUUAAGCGGAGGCGCCGGGACUAUGUUUUUCUAUCAUUUGAUACACAAACACCGAACGUUAAUGAUUAGUAAUCGUGGAAGAAAACCGCUACCUCAAGCACAUAAAAUAGAUAGUUAUUCCGACAUCGGGCUUGCACCUGGACGGGCCUGGCUCUUGCCAUCGUCUGGUGAUCAUGCUAUGGCAGGGGAUCAGAAUUACCGCUUUGAAGAACUGCAAAUCUAUGGUGGAGCUCAUAUAGCGAUUCUUACGGAUCCUCCUAGUCGAGCUGCUUCGAUAUUUUUCCGACACAUGAUUGGUGAUAGGAGUGGAACGAUUCACAUCGGCUAUAAUCAAACGAUGGACCUUCAACGAGAAAACAUCGAUUUACCGUUUAAUGUUCGCGUCUAUCGUGGUGGAUUCCUUGGACUUGCUCCUGUAACAACAAUGCACGGGGUUACUUUGUAUCUUGAGGGAGUACUGUCGUAUGUAAAAAAUCUGACUUUGCAUCAUGAUGGAGUUGUGCAUCUUUAUGAGAAUUCUCGAACAGGCAACGAACACUCUGAGAAUGACUUCAAAUUUGAUUUCAUCACAGUUCAAUAUCUGGGUAUAAUAAGUAUGGUGUCAAACCCUGCUACUCACCAAGGAAUGAACCUUACAACAAAGCUUCUUCAUGUUGAAGGUGGAGGGAAAGUCAUUGGCAGUGACUUACGUCUUCUAUCAGAGAACAUUAGCAUUAACGCUGAUGGUAUACUGGAAUUAUCUGGACAAGGCUACAACAAAGGACACGGAAACGGGCUUGGAGUCAAUGGUCCAAUCAAUAAAGGUCUUGGAUCAGGAUCCUCACAUGGCGCUUCUGGAGCUGGUCAUGGUGGGACUGGGGGUAGAGGUAGAAGCAAUCCAGUUAUUGGACAGGCCUAUGGUAAUCUUUACGAACCCACUGAAUUUGGAAGUAGUGGUGGAGGCUCCUCUGGAAAAACGGGUGCAGGGGGUGGACGUGUAUUUAUAAAUGUCACGUACUUACUCGAAGUAGACGGUGUUAUUGCGGCAAACGGUGGCGAUGCUUCUAGUCAGGGUGGAGGUGGAAGUGCCGGUAGUAUAUGGAUUGUCUGUAAUAUUCUGAAAGGAUAUGGAAAGUUCACUGCCAAUGGCGGAGGCUCUCCAGUCGAUUCCAAAUAUGGAUAUCACGGUGGAGGUGGAGCUGGUGGUCGUAUAGCUGUUUACUUCCAAAAGAAUGAGACUUUUUCGCAAUUUAAGUAUAACGCCUUCGGUGGAAAAGCAGUACCUGGAAAUGCAGAUGUAGAAAGCGGGGGACCAGGAACGGUUUUUCUUUAUCACAUCCUUUACCAUCACCGGACUCUUCUUAUUCACAAUGACGGGCGUGGUCCUUUAAAUAUUCAUAUGAAAUAUGACCAACUUAAUGUCGAAGGAGGAAAAGCUUGGAUUAUGCCAGAAUCUGAAAUACAUCAUUUAGCUGGCCUUCAAGGAAACUUCCACUUUGAGGAAGUGCAAAUAUACGGUAAAGGUCACCUUGCUGUCUGGCCUAGCCAAUUGAGAAACACCUCGUUAUAUUUUGAUUACAUGAUUGGAGACCGUACUGGCCGCAUUCACAUCGGCGACUGUCAAAUAAUGGACCUUUAUCGACCUGAAAUUGACCUUCCCUUUAGUGCGCAUGUGUAUCGUGGUGGUCAUCUUGGGCUUGCUCUUUAUACAGUCAUUCACGACGUUGAGAUAAUCGUGCGAGGUGUACUGGCAAAUAUCCAAAAUGUCACCCUUCAUCAUCAUGGAUUGCUAUGGCUUAAUCAUGGUGGAAAUACAUACAAGGCCGACAUGCAUACGUUUGAGUUUGACACGGUUCGAGUUCAAGAUACUGCGAUCAUUCAUGGAGAGAUGUCUCCAAAAACCGACCGUGCAAUAACUUUCCACACACGUGCAGUGUUCAUAGAAGGUGGUGGUCUCUUAAGGGCACCUAGGCUAAUAUUUAAAACAGAGAACAUUACAAUAGACGAUGGUGGCGCAUUAGUUGCUGAUUAUCUUGGAUAUAAUACAUCACAUGGAUACAAGGGUCGUGGCUUGUAUGGCAUAGUCAAUGAGGGUCAUGGUAUGGACAGUCCGUAUGGAGCAUCCGGGGCAGGACACGGUGGAAGUGGAGGUCGCGGUAGCCUUCAAAAAGGAACUCCAUUCACUGGCUUUGCUUAUGGAGAUAUUUAUGAACCUGAUGCGUUUGGCAGUGUUGGAGGCAAAGGGCAGGGUAAUGGAAGAGGUGGUAAUGGAGGCGGCGUAUUAUGGAUGAAUGUGACAAACACCAUAGACAUCGAUGGAAUUGUUACUGCAAAUGGAGAAAAUGGACCAACAACUGGGAGUGGAGGAGGCAGCGGUGGCAGCGUAUGGAUGUACUGUAACACAAUCAAGGGCUAUGGCAGGAUAUCAACAAAUGGUGGCGAUGGUUCUAAUUCGAGUUCGAUUCCAGGAGGCGGAGGAGCUGGUGGGAGAAUAGCGAUCUACUUCAACGUGAACAAAACAUCCACAUCGUUUAUCUAUGAAUCCAGAGGAGGCUCUGCCCAUGGGUGUAAAGUUGGCAAGGAGCAUCUUUGUCAAGCAGAAGCGGGUGGACCCGGUACUGUGUUUUUGUAUCAUAUGAAUGAGCAGCACCGAACCUUAAUUCUAAACAAUGGAGGCCAAAAACCUAUCAGCGCGGCAAUUAACGACUACCAUGAUCUAUCUCGCGAUGGUUGUAGAGCAUGGAUACUUCCUCAGUCUSUUGUACACCCCUUUGCAAAAUCUCAAGGCGAUUUCCACUUUGAAGAACUUCAAAUAUACGGUGGGGCUCACCUAGCCGUUCUCACUAAACCAGUGUAUAGCAACUCAUCUUUGUAUUUUCGCUACAUGAUUGGAGACAGAUCAGGGACUGUUCACGUCKCUCGUAACCAAGUAAUGGACCUAAUUCGCGAUGAAAUAGACUUGCCAUUUAAUGCUUAUGUCUAUGCGGAUGGAUAUCUUGGUCUUGCUCCGUAUACAGAAAUCCAUGGUGUGACAAUCUAUUUAACGGGAACCCUAGCUUACAUCCAGAAUCUGACAUUACACCAUGGAGGAGUGUUAUGGAUCAAUGAUCAGGCUAGAACUGUUAACCAAACUAAUAACACCUUUAUGUUCGAUGCCGUGCGCGUUCAAGACCAAGGGUUGAUUAAAGCAUUAUCGUCUCCCAUUAUUCACCAGGGAAUGUUUUGGUCGCUACGCGCUCUUUUUGUUGAAGGUGGAGGUGUAUUUCAGUGUACGAAAUUGACGAUCUUGGCUGAGAAUAUAACUAUAGAUGAUGGUGGACACCUUCAUGCUGAUGGCCUUGGUUAUAAUAUUUCUCACGCACCAGCUUCAUUGGGUUUACACGGCAUUGUAAAUCAAGGUAUUGGCACUACAUCGUCUAGUGGAUCAUCAGGUGCAGGGCAUGGCGGGAGGGCUGGUCGAGGUUUCGGUGCUGCUGUAGUAGGAACCGCUUAUGGAGACCUUUACGAGCCCGUUAGGUUCGGAAGUUGUGGCGGUGGAUCAUUAGGUGGUGCCGGUGGAGGCGUGCUUUGGUUAAAUGUAACACAAACUGUUAGAAUUGAUGGCGAUGUUAGCGCUAUUGGCUUCGGGGGAGGAGAUGCAAAUAGUGGCGGUGGUAGUGGAGGAAGUAUAUGGAUUCACAGUUACACAAUUAAAGGCACGGGAAAAGUUACCGUAAAUGGUGGUACAGGUGGUUCUGCUUCAGGAGGUGGAGCUGGUGGACGUAUUGCAGUGUACUUUGUGCGAAACACAACCUAUUCGGGUCAUUUUUAUUCGAGAGGUGGAGCCAAGGGGUCGGGUGGCGGUACUGAGGCAGGAGGACCAGGAACAUCCUUUCUAUAUCAUAUGGUAUACACUCACAGAACGUUGCUAAUUGAUAAUGGCGGACAGCACCCUUUAAAACACAAGAUAACAGACUAUUCAGAUCUUUCCCAAGAUGGCUGCCGUGCUUGGAUCUUAACUGAGUCAGGUUCUCACAAGUUUGCAAAUGGAAGUCACAUAUUCUCCUUUGAAGAAUUGCAAAUAUAUGGAGGUGCACAUUUAGCCAUAGAGUCCAAUGCCAAUCGUAGUGUUACCAUGUUCUUUACGUAUAUGAUUGGUGAUCGAUCUGGAACAAUACAUAUCAGGAAAAAUCAAGAUUUGGACCUUCAUCGAGAGUUUCUUGACAUCCCAUUUACGGCUUACAUCUAUGUCGGAGGCUAUCUUGGUCUUGCUCAUGUAUCUGAAUUGAACGGUAUAAAUCUAUACGUUGAAGGAACCCUAGCAAAUAUCAGGAAUCUUACAAUACUGAACGGUGGGAUUCUGCAUUGCUUUUUGACCGGUUCUACAGCCAGUGAGCCUUCACGAACGUAUGCAUUCAACGAGACGCUUCGUAUCAUGGCAUAUUCAAAGAUUGAAACCUACAUGCCAAAUGCUCAUCCUGAUUACUAUAGCUUACAAGCCAAGAUUUUACUGGUGGAAGGUGGAGCAACUGUUAGAUCCAAACACAUGCGAAUUAACGCUGUUAAUAUGACUGUCGAUGACGGUGGUCUUUUAGAUGGGCGUUACGGGGGAUACCUUGCAACAAAAGGUCGAGGUAGUGUCUCUAUGGUGCCUUGGAGAGCAAGUGGUGCAGGGCAUGGUGGGGCUGGUGGUCGAGCUGCAUGUGAUAACACUAUUAGGAUCAACACGUGCCGACUGAAAAAAGGAAUGGCUUACGGAAACAUAUUUUAUCCAAACGAAUUCGGAAGUGGUGGUAACAGUGGAACUGGUGGUUCAGGUGGCGGGAUAAUGAAUAUAACAGUAGAAAUAGCUUUAAAGGUGGACGGGGAAAUACUAGCCAAUGCUCAAGACGUAAAUUCUAACAGCGGCGGUAGCAGUGGUGGAAGUAUUUAUAUUCAAACCGGAGUAUUCUCUGGAAGUCAUACUGGAACUAUUCAAGCAAUUGGUGGCCAUGGAAGUCCUGGUUCUGGAGGAGGUUCGGGAGGCAGAAUAGCUGUUUAUUACAACAACAAAGAAACUCACUAUCCCUAUCGCGGUAAGAUUGAAGUGCAAGGCGGCUCUUCUACAAAGGGAGGAGAACCGGGUUCGUCUGGAACUGUUUACUUGAAACACACUGAUAACAAUUAUUCAGUGCUAAAAGCUGAUAACAAAGGUCAGAAAUCCUCAAGUGACGAUAUUCCCCAUGAAGGAAGAAGAGUUAAUUUAGCAGGAGGAAAUUUAGACCGAGGAAUGUCUUAUACAGCUGCUAAUGGUGUAAAUGUGCGAACAGGAUGUUUUCUUCAUCCUUGCAGUACGUGUCGAUCGUGUCAGAUGUUCUCUCUUGCUCAUUUGUUUGACCAGACGUACUCUACAGAUUCGUGCCAUGUAUUUCUGAGCUCAUGUAAAUCUGCCCAUUUAAACUUCGAUAUAAAGAAGUCUACGUUCAUUAACAAUAUAAGGAUAUACCCUUUGUGCAGUCAUCGAACUGAUUUCAAGGUGUCGUCGUACGAUGGGAGAACAUCACUUCCAGUUACAUCGAACUUUGUUAAGAUGUCAAAUGGAUGUAUUCAGGGCUCUUACAUUGACCUCCCCAUGCGUAGGAACGCUACCCGAGUAACAAUAGAACUAAACGGUGCCGGUUCAUAUGCUGGAUUGUCCGAGAUUGAGCUUUAUGAAAGUGGCCAGGAAGUCUAUGAAAGGUACGCUUAUCGUAGUUUAGACAGCUCGAAAACCUGGAUCGAACCAGAGACUGGAACAAAUAACUAUAACUUUGACGAGGUCCACAUCCAUGGUUCUGCUCAGUUAGCAACAGUGGGAAUGCAUUCCCUUACAGCACCAGUUAGUGUUCGUAUUGGUAGACUUUAUGGUGACAAGUCGAGUUUCCUUCAUGUUGGUUACAAUCAGUUUGUUUCAGUUGAAGUUACAGAUCCUGAUAUUCCCUUUGGUUUGAGGGUUUAUGAGAAUGGUUCCAUUAACAUGCCAAGGAGAGCAUUUCUCCAGAAUGUCAGCUUCCGAUCUUCUGGAAAGGUAUCGGGUAUCGACGAUUUGUUUGUUUAUGAUGGAGGAUAUUUCUUUUGCGACUCUAAUUCAAGCAUCGGCAACAGCACCUUACCAGGACAAUACAAACUAAGUACCUUGCAUGUACAAGAUGCUGGUACCCUUGAACUGCAUUCCUUUGACAAAAACCUCAAUACUCGCCUAUCUCUCACUAAUCUGACUAUUUAUGGUGGAGGUCAUUUGAAGUCCAAUGGUCGACUGAACAUUUCAGUUUCACAUCUCCUUGCAAUCUAUUCUGGUGGAACAUUAAGUCAUAAUCAUGCUGGUUACAAAACAAAAGAAUCGAGGACAGGGAAUAAGUUUGAGCCUUCUGAAGGCCCCGGACAAGGGUACGGCGAUGUUGGUGGUGGAAGUGGCGCCGGGCAUUCUGGUACUGGUGGUAGAGGAAGUGCAGUUAACCAUGUGGGACGAUUUUAUGGUUCUCUCUACGAGCCUUGGACGUAUGGAAGCGCUGGAGGAUUUGGGCUGCAUUAUGGUGAGUUGUACUAUGGAGAUUAUCGGACCAGUGCUACUACCAACCAUGCUAACCAAGUUACUCGGGCUGGACUUGGAGGACAAGGAGGAGGAGCUUUAAAAAUCGACAGUCGUCACUUUAUCCUUGAUGGACAGCUAACUGCAGACGGCGAGAACGGGCCACCUCCGAGUACAGCAGGUGGAGGGAGUGGUGGAAGCAUUUGGGUUCACUGUGACGAUCUAAGUGGAUAUGGAAAGAUGUCUGUUAAUGGUGGCGAUGGGUCACCUAGUGGUGGUGGUGGAUCAGGUGGGAGAAUUGCAAUAUAUCAUAAAACUAUGAUAAACUUCAACGGUACUUUAUCAGCUAAAGGAGGCGAUAGUAAGGUAGAGCCUGGUUCAUCAGGAACGGUGUAUCUCGAGCGCUGGAAUUCAAGUAGCGAUGUUAAGUACAGGAUUCUAAAGGUCAACAACUAUGGUAUGGCAUACCCAUGGGCAAUUAAUAAGAACGAUGGUCGCCUUAGGCAUCUACUCAAAGGGAUUUACAAUGACAUAAGGUACGUUGGAGGAGUAACAUGGCUGCAUGAGUCAAACAACUACACUCUAAAUGAAUUUCACCUCCAUGGUAACUCUCACGUUGUUUUGUAUGGUAAUGGCUGUCAGGAAAACGUAACAUUUCGUUCCAGUGUUCUUGUUGGUGACAGAAGUGGUGUAUUUCAUGUUGGACGCUAUCAGUUCGUUGCUUUUGACUUUGUCGACUUGUACUAUCCAAUGAACACUCUUGUUUAUUAUGAUGGAUUCCUAGAAGUACCACCACGACUUUCGUUGAGAAAUGUCUACAUGGAAAUCAACGGAACUCUAGCCGACGCCCAUGAUUACACAAUUGAUAGAGAUGGAGAACUGUACUUGUGGGCAGGAGGGAGAUCAGUUAACGAGGAGAUCGCCCACUUUCGGUUUACUAACAUGUCCAUCCGGUCACGUGGCAAGGUCAUGACCAUUGGACUUCCUGGAAAUGAGCGUGUGACUCUGAACACAACAUUUUUUGUCAUAAAUGGUGGAGGACUUCUAGAUUCUAAUGACGUCAGAGUUCUUUCUGUGAAUACAACUAUCGAUGUUUCAGGAGAAAUCAAAGUCGACUAUAAAGGUUACACCUCGCAGCAAGGACCAGGUGCUGGUAGACCAGGCAUGCCAUAUGGCUCAGGACCGACCGGUGGUAGCUAUGGAGGUAGAGGUGGCCGCGGGUCUAGAGGUCUUACCACAUCUACAGCAUAUGGAACGUUGUAUGAGCCUGAGUUGUAUGGUAGCGGCGGGGGUGGUAGUGGUGGUCGUGGAGGUGGUGUUAUUCGUCUAGAUGUGUCUGAUAUGCUACGACUCGAGGGAAGGCUACGAGCAAACGGCGAGAAGGGCUCAUCAAAUGGUGGUGGAGGCUCUGGUGGUAGUGUAUUGGUUAGAACAAAUCACUUUGAUGGUGAAGGCUCCAUAGAAGUUAACGGAGGUGAUGGUUCGGGGAGUGGUGGUGGUGGAGCUGGAGGACGAGUCGCAUUGUACCACACUGGCUCUAUAACAUACCUUGGUACAUACCAAGCAUAUGGAGGGCGUAGCUCUGCCGAGAUAGGCGGUGCAGGUAGCGUGUUCGUUGAGGAACAGAGAAACAAUACAAAACUCCACCGAUCUUUAAGAAUUGACAAUGGAGUCACCAAUAAAAGAGCACAGCUUAUUGGAGAAAUUAGUGAGCUAAACUUACAGGGAAACCCAUACACAUAUCCAUAUUACUUGACAAGCUACACCGCGCCAAAUGGAGUCGCUCUCUCCACCACAGGAACCCCUUACUGCAGAUGGACUAGUUCAGGUGAUAACAAGUUGUGUUCUUCCGAUUCAUCCUAUUUGGGAAAUAUUUUCAAAGACUCAGGCUUUUAUUACACAACCACGUCACUUCCUGUCAUAACAUACAGAUUCCCAAUCCCACUGUUCCUGGAAUUCAUUGAAAUCUAUCCAGCAUGUAGUGCAAGCUAUUUUUCUCAGCACCAAGUUCGUGUGUAUGAAGAUGAUGACAUUAUUCUGAACACUGGCUGGAUAAAUACUGAGAGGUGUUUGCAAGGGCAGGCGGGAAGGAUACCUGUGAGGAAAAUGGUCAACAAGAUAUUGGUUAUACUGAAGAAAUUAAGCACGUUUUCAGCAAUAGCGCAAAUAAAACUUUUCGUUCGUGAGAGUCCUUUGACAACAAGCCAGACCCCGUAUUAUACUACUCCUAGCACCACUUGGAUUGUUGCUGAACAAGACAAAACCAAAGAAUUUACAUUUGAGGAGCUUCGAAUUGGUGGCGGUGGAAGUCUUGGUUUCAGUGGGAACAACGUCAAAGUUCAUGUUGAUAAAAUCAAGGGAGAUGGGACAGGUUUACUGACUGUACGCCCGUCACAACGGCUCAACAUGAGAGCAUCUGAAGGACAUCUUCCAUUUUCCCUUCUUGUCCAAAAAACUGCCAAUGUGGCAUUGCCUGAGUUUACUAACUGUCGUAAUGUUGAAGUAAUUAUGAGAGGGACAAUGGAGAAAAUGCAGAAUUUAACUGUUGGUCCAUACUGUAAGUUUAUCGUCAACAACUCAACCGAAACAAACUUCACGUACAAUCACGUAGUGGUGCAGACUCACGGAUAUUUAGCAAUCGAUCGUGAAGACAAAGAAGUUGUUUCAAUAAGGGGAAAGACACUUAACGUACGCGGCGGAGGAAAGCUUGAAGCAAAUAAUCUUAGACUUGAUUACAAAAAUAUCACGAUAGAACCUUACGCAUUUCUUACUGGUAAUGCCUUAGCACCCAAACACUCCUCACGCUAUUAUGGUGACGGCUGGGGACACACGUCAGGUGGGUCGGGUGCAGGGUAUGGGGGUCAUGGUGGGCAAUCAGCAUAUCAAGGAAAAGUAGGGACAUCGUAUGGACGGUAUAAAGUUCCUAAAGACUACGGUAGUACUGGUGGUGCCUAUGUGUAUCCAUUUAUUGGCGGGCGUGGUGGGGGAAGAAUAGAAGUCAUUGCCCAUGAUACUCUUGAAGUCGAUGGUACUCUUUCUUCCUGUGGUGGAAAAGGAGUGUCCAGUCGGAGCGGCGGUGGUAGUGGUGGUGGUGUGUUAGUCUACGCCUCAAGAUUGCACGGCGAUGGAACCAUAGAUGUUUCCGGGGGUUCUGGAGACAGCUCUACUUCCUACUAUGGAGGGGGCGGAGGUGCAGGUCGUAUUGCUAUCUUCUACAGAGAGAACCAUUUCCUUGGCAAAUUCUUUGCGACAGGGGGUUCAAGUAAGUACGAGCCUGGAGGUCCGGGCACGGUUUACCUUGAAAGUGUUCCUGGUUUUAAUGCAACAUAUGGCCAUGAUCGCAUCGACGAUGCAGCACAUGCUGAUAGACUAGUACAGCUUGAGAAUGAGGUACUAAACACCAGCCAAUGGAAGCAAAAUAGAACUUUGUACAUUAAUGCACAUGACCGUCUUCCACGAAACCCAGCUGCAAACCUGAGUUCUUCAUAUCAGGAUUUUUCCACCAGUGCUCCUACUCGUGUCUGGCUGACCUUAGAGGAUAAGAUCUUAAGAAUAAAUGAAAGUGAUGUAGAGCUAGAUGAACUUCAUGUGUAUGGCGGUGCGCAAAUAGCUUUUAUCAAACCCUUAGCUACAAAGAAGAAGAUAUCUAUUGUCAUAGGUCGUAUGGAGGGAGACAAGAAGGGAAGACUUCAUAUUGGCUAUAAUCAGCAAUUCCUGUCCCUACAGUCCUACUUGCCUAUGGACAUGGUAAUAUAUCAGGGCGGUCUCACGACCAUGCAAGGCGAACUCUUUGUGGCUGGUGUAACAGUAGAAGUUGAUGGUGUUUUGAUUCGAUGCGAAAACAUUACGGUUUUGGAUGGAGGUGCCAUUCACAUGAAAGAAAUGUAUAACAAAAUGAAGCAGCCCACUCGUACCUUCUUCUACCGAUCCAUCAGUAUUCGUGAUCGUGGUGUGAUGACCGUCACCAAUCAAGAGCGAAUUCGUGAAUUCCGUGGUGAGUCCGUGCAUAUUCAAGGUGGAGGGCUGCUUUCUGCAAUCAAUCUUCAUUUCUACACAAAGAACAUGACAAUCGAUGCACUCGGAACACUCGAAGCUUCUCUGAAAGGACAGAACUUCAAACACGACGGAAAAGGUCCUGGAUUACCUUUUCCCAAUCCAGGUUCCUCAGGGGGUGGUGGCGGCGGCCAUGGUGGUAGAGGCGGUCGAGCACCGAUGGUUCCUUCUUCGGGAGCUUCUUAUGGAUCUUUUAAAGAGCCCGUGGAUUUUGGAAGUAGUGGUGGUUCAGGCUCUCCUACUGCCCCUGGAGGUCGUGGUGGUGGUGUUUUUGUCCUUUAUGUUAAUGAUACGCUGGACAUUGAAGGUACUAUUCGUGCUAAUGGUGAUCAGUAUGGUGGUGCUUACGCUGGUGGUGGAAGUGGAGGCAGUAUUCUGAUCAAAACAGAUAAGCUUGAAGGCAGUGGGUUGGUGCAGGUAAAUGGUGGCKCCGGAUAUAGUCAUKCGACUCGUGGAGGCGGGGGUGGUGCUGGUGGACGCAUCGCUGUGUAUUAUAGGGAGGGUCAUUUUGACGGUCAAUUAGAGGCUGCUGGUGGCUAUGGAUAUCACGAGUUUGGUGCAGCAGGGACUGUUUUCAUAGAAAAGGGACGCAAUUCUACUUACAGAGGUCAUCGCACACUUAAAGUAGAUAACAACAAUAAAGCGCCAAAAACAUUGAGAGUCAAUCAGGUCGAGAUGUUACUUCUUCAUUCUGGGAGCGAAAGUGGAAAUACAUACACAAGUCCCCAGGGAAUAACGUUCUCCUCGACUGGAUCCAUCCACACAACCUAUUACAUGUGGAGGUUGUUCGAUGGAAAUCGAAACUCUGUUUACCUACUCGAUCAGAGAUAUACUGCUGUCAGUGUGACUGUCAAGUUGCCUAGGCCAAUGUUCAUACACCAUAUAAGGAUUUAUCCGUACUGCCAUGACGGGCACCGCAUCUCCUACACAAUUACAGCCACACGUGUGAAUGAGAAGAAACCCCAAGUGUUUGGUGGCCAAUCAUUUGCUGGAUGUUUUGAUACUGGAAUCUAUGAUGACACUUCAAUGAAUGGAACAUUUGACGGUUUCACGCUGACGAUGCGCAAACUGGGAACGUACAUUACGCUAGGUGAAUUGGAGCUAUUUAUCGGACAGGAUAACCCCAKCCCGUUUUCAAGUAAUAAUUUAAAGCAAGAUGGACCCAGGACAUGGGUGGUUGUUGAUGGAGUACAGCCUUCAUCUUACCUAGAUAUACUAGAUGUUCGUGGAAAGGCUCACUUGGCCAUUCAAAGCGAGUCAUCGAAAUUUGGAUUGUCAGUGCAUGAAUAUAAAGGGGACUUUACUGGUACGCUGCACAUCGGUAGCGAACAGAAUUUGGAUAUAUCCUCAAAUAAUAACUCGGUCAUUCCCAUGACCAUCCGUGCCUAUCAAGACUCUUUAGUGGAUUUUCCAAGCGAGGUUUACUUACAAAGAUCAAGUAUAUACAGCGAAUCAUUGUCAAGAGGAAUCGAAGACGUCAUUAUAUCUUACGAUGGAAAAUUUGACGUUACACCUAUGGCCCAUGUCAACUCUCAAGAUAAAGGGACCAUCUCGUUAAAGUCUCUUACGAUUCUCAAUGGAGGUGUCUUCCAUCAGUCCAUUUCAAGUCCCACUGAACUCAAGGUUGACCUCAAACAGUCGUUGACGAUCACUGCUGGUGGCACAAUGUCAUUGAGCAUGCUUUCUUUAGAGGCAUCGGAUGUAUACAUCGAUGGUGGUGCAUUGCUUACUGCGCGUGAAAGGGGCUACCGAUGUGGAGAAGGAAAAGAACCUGGUAAAUCAUCUGCUUUAAGUGGGUCUGGUGCGGGUCAUGGUGGUGCUGGAGGUCGAGGAAGUCAAGCGGUAGUUGGGAAGGCAUACGGCGAGUUUGACAAACCGUUAGAUCCUGGGAGUGGCGGUGGUCAAGGUUAUAGAAAUCUGCCUGGAAGUUCUGGUGGUGGCGUCAUAACGAUCAAUGCGUCAGGUCUAGUUCAGAACGACGGUGUUAUUGACGUGUCGGCUGGUUCUGCUGUUUAUCCAGGCACUGGCGGUGGAAGCGGGGGAAGUAUUUUCAUCAAUAGUAAGCUUUUUACGGGCAAAGGGAAGCUACUUGCUACUGGGGGUGCAGUAGUUAAUUCUAGUUUCAAGGAUGCUGGCGGUGGUGGUGGUGGACAGAUAUCAGUAAGCUACGAAACGACCCGAUUUAACGGAAUGUUUAAAACUCAUGGAGGAUUCAGUCGAACAGAACCUGGUGGUCCAGGCCCUGUCUAUCUUGCAGAAAACAAUACCAACGUUGCAGUCAUUAUUGACAACAAUGGUUACCGAACUGCGAAUCUGUAUAUAUCAGAUUUUCAGGACAUUUCCAAAGAUGGUGGCCGUGCAUGGUUAUUUGUUGAUUAUAGCAAGAACUUUGUCAUUGAUCGAAUGGUGCUAAAAGGUGGUGCACAUCUCGCCUUGAGACAUAAAGGAAAAUGUGCAUGUGUAGGUUGCGAUUGUGCAAUUACUUUGACUGUCAAUCAUCUAGAAGGCGAUCUCGGAGGGAUGCUUCAUGUAGGUGUUGGACAGAAACUCUACAUCAACUCAGCGCCGACACAGUUCCCAUCUAGUUUCCGRAUAUAUCAACGAGGGUUUUUUCAUGUGCCACCUGUUAUGCUUCUGAAGAAUUUGUACUAUCCUCAGAUCAGCGUCGAGGGAAUUAUUAGUGGUCUUACAGACUGGCAUAUAGGAAAAGGAACUGUAGUUACCGUAWUGGACGGGGGACGAUCACCUGGAUUGCAGGACAAGACUUUGCAAAUGAAAACACUUUCUGUAAUGGACCAAGCAACCCUCACAGCAAGCUCGAAUGACAGUAGUUCGGCAACACUUCGUCUGAAAGUGAACGAAAGUYUGACUGUUCUAGCUGGUGGCCUAUUGAAAUGCAAAUGGUUGGAUGUUCUGGCAAGAACAGUAACUGUCGAGUCAUCGGGUGCUAUAUCUGCUGAUGCUAUAGGUAGUCUUGCAAAACAAGGAAGCGGCUUUACAUCAGAUUCUGCAGGUGCAAGCCAUGGUGGUAGAGGUGGGAUUGGCAUCAAAUCAUCAAUACCCGGGCUUGCAUAUGGAUCUGUAGAGCAACCUCAAACAUUUGGAAGUGGGAGUUCUUCUUCAGGUGGCGGGGGAAUCAUUAAAAUUGUUUCUUUGGUAAAUCUAACUGUGGACGGAAGUAUUACAGCAAAUGGGGAGCCAAGCAAAGCAUUGAAUAGUGGAGGGGCUAGUGGUGGAAGUGUUUGGUUGAAAUCAGCUGUUUUUAUUGGAAACGGAGAUGUCACUGCAUCUGGUGGAAAUGGAGUAUUUUCAAGUGGGAAUGGAGGUGGCGGCGGAGGAGGAAGAAUGUCCAUAAAUUAUAAAAACAGUUCUUUUAGUGGUUCAUUGCAAACCUAUGGUGGUUCAAGUCGCACUGGUGUAGGUGGAGCCGGUACCAUAUACAUACAAGAUAUUGGAAAAAACAAAACGCACCUUAUAGUUAAUAAUAAUAACAUCGGAAAACCACCAAGCGAUGAUAUAACUGAUUUAAAAACAGAUGGUGGAAGGACAUGGAUAACUCCAAAYGCUGGCACGCGCCUUAUUUCCUAUAGUGAUGUUGAAAUUCGAGGYYUAUCUCAACUGGCUGUUAUCACAAGCCCUGAAAAAUCUCCUAUCCAGUGGGAUGUACGAGGAAUAAAAGGGGAUAGAUCAGGAAUUUUGCACGUAUUUGAAAACCAGCGCCUUCAACUGAUCUUAGAUGAAAAUAAACAGCCUGACCUUUUAUGGGGAGUUAAUGCAUAUAGUCGUGCGGAUGUGAAGCUCCCUCAAAAUCUUUUUAUUGACGGCAUUAAGAUGAUCACUUCAGGAAGUGUUAGUGGGGCGCAUAACGUCGUAGUUGGAAAUAAAGGCAGACUCAUUUUGAGAGAACUAACUGCACCUGAUGGCAACAAAUCGCGUAUUAUCCGCUUUGGAACAAUAGAAAUCCAGGGCGGUGGCGAAAUUGAAAUCCAAAGUGACGUCGAUGGACUUUCCGUUAUUUGUACUUCUCUUUGGWUACGUAGUGGUGGACAGCUUCGUGCAGAUCGUCUGAAACUUGAUGCAUUGUCAGUAAACAUUGAGCAGUCAGGCCUGAUAGACUUGAAUUUCCAGGGGUUUAAAAAUGGCUCUGGAAUCGGUAGGGGAAGUUCCCAAUCUUCUGGAUCAUCUGGUGCGGGACAUGGAGGACGCGGUGGGCAAGGGAGAUCACAGAAAAACACUGGUGCAUUUUACGGAAAUGUUAAACGACCAAUGAUGUAUGGAAGCAGUGGUGGAGGCGGAAGUGCUCCAGGAGGAGGAGUGUUAUAUAUCAGAUCUGAAAAAAUAAUUCUAGAUGGCAGUAUAGAAGCAGACGGUGCUAGUGGAAAGACAGGUUCUUCUGGAGGUGGAAGUGGUGGAAGUAUUCUUAUUGAGAGCAUUUAUCAGGAGGGAUCUGGUACUGUUCAAGCUAAUGGGGGUACUGGUGGAAAUAAUGGUGGAGGUGGAGGUAGUGGAGGUCGUAUUGCAAUGUACUACAAGCGGUCUGACUUCAAGGGAACUAUCACUACCUUUGGUGGGGAUUCCGUUAUAGAAGCUGGUGCAGCAGGCACAGUUUAUCUGGAAGACACAACUGGAAACUAUUCCAUUCUAACCAUCGCCAACAAAGGAAGAAAGCCAAGUAAAGAGGAGAUUGAGAGCUAUGGUAGCUUGUCCAUUGAUGCCGCAAGAACUUGGAUUACUUCUUCUUCAAUGAAACCGAAUCCCAAUCGUGUUAACUUGAAAGAUUUUGAUUUUGGUUCUGUCAUUUACGAAGGUUUCAUGGUUGAUGAACUGAUGCUUGGUGGUGGAUCCCAUCUUGCUAUAGAACCAGAAUUACAUCGUGGGAAUCUUCGUUUGCAUACAUUUGGAAAAGUUACUGGCACUUUUGAGGGAGGUAGCUAUGGAUUCUUGCAUACUGGUCCAAGUCAGCUUGUCGAGGUUGAGAACACAGAUUUUUACAUACCAAUAAACUUAAAGAUCUAUGAAAAUGGAUUUUUAAAACUCCCUCCGAGUGUUAUGCUUCACAAGAACUCUCUUUCGCUUAAUGGGCACUUGCUUGGUACUCAAGAACUCAAGAUUUCAAGCUGUCUUGUUAGUUUUGGAAGAAAUGGUGGUUCCACAACAAAGGGAACUUUAAAAACCCGCCGYUUUUAUUUCAACUCGAUGACUUUACUUGAUGGCGCUUCUCUGAGACUUCUGGAUACAUCUGAAGAAUACAAGUUAAGUGUUGGCAAUCUUGCUGUGCAUGCAGGGGGAACAAUAGAGGGUCAGAAUUUUACUCUUGUCGCAAAAGAUAUUGACGUUCAAAAGGAAGGGAUCAUCAAGUUGGAUGGACAAGGCUCUAAAUGCAAGUCUUUUAAUCGAUACAAUGCUGGCUCUGGCGGAAGUCAUGCAGGAUAUGGUGGUCUUGGUMCUGGAUACGGCGGAAGUAGUUGGUGGUCCAAGCAAAGACCAGAACCAUUCGACUCUCCUUAUUUACCAAUUUUGUAUGGAGAGGCAGGUCGUGCUGAAUGGAAAACACCCAGUUGUUAUGGUGGAAGAGGUGGUGGAAAAGUAAACAUAUCUGUGAGUGGUGUACUUAAUCUUGAUGGUUCCAUAACUUCCAGGGGUUUAGAUGGGGCAAGCCGCGGCAGUGGAGGUGGAGCAGGUGGUAGUAUUCUUAUUCAUACCAGUUCUGUUCAUGGUAUUGGUUCUAUAGAUGUCAGAGGCGGCAACGGAGGUUAUACGUCUGGAGGUGGUGGGAGUGGAGGAAUAGUUGCUUUAUAUCACAAGGACACAACACCAUUUGWGAACAUCCUAUUGUCUGGUGGCAAUGGUGCAUGGCCGGGUGCUUCAGGAUUACUUUAUGAACAUAAAUCCGUUGGAAAGAGCACGUUUUCCAGAAUGACUGUUGAUAACGGGGGUUUAGCGACAAACAAUGAACUUUUGUAUACUUACAUAUUGUGCCAACARAACCAAAUUGAUUAUAUUGUUGACCAAAUCAACAUCAAAGGAAAAGCCUGUCUUACCAUGCGAUCAUGUAGCUCUGGACGUCCUAUGUCCUUGGUUGYCAAGUAUGUAAGUGGGGAUAGCACUGGGACCAUGGCUAUACAGCAAAGCCAUGAUGUGUAUAUAGGAGUGACCGGUGUGGAUCUUAAACACCUUGAUCUCCCAUUUAGUAUUGAUGUAAGAUCCGGUGGAAGUUUGUCCGUUCCUAGAAAGCUGGUCAUUGGCGAAAAAAAUGAAAUCACUUUAACAGGGAGCCUUGUUGGUGUUAAAGAACUUAUUGUCAGCAUGCAUGGAAAACUUUCCUUGAAUUAUCCGGGACAUACUGGGUACCGCGCUUUUCCUCAAGGCAGAAUGUCAACGUGUUCUUUUGAARAACUUCAUGUAAAGGCCGAUGGAACUUUGCUAUCAAAGUCACCGGGUCGUGUAAAAGUCAAUGCGCAAGUUGUCCAGUUUGAUUAUGGCUCGCACUAUGAUGACUCGUCUAAAAUUCCCAUGACUGCACUAAAGAUGUUCUCGUACAAUACUGGAACACCUUUAAAUAGAAACGAUUGCCCUCAUGGUUAUGAAGUGAUUGCAUUAGCUUCCAAGACACUGUUCAAUCCUUGUGGUACAGGAAAGCACAUUUACACCAAAAGCAACAUCUCGUACAUAGUCCAACAUAAUAUUUCAAAAACAAUGCAGAAAGUAGUGUGGAAGGAUGUGGAUAAUGGAAAUGGUACAUUGAUCAGAGUGUCUUCGCUAUUUACAUGGAUCACCUAUGAAAUCAAGUAUGAAACACGAUUCAAUGUGACAUAUUACAUCGCUUGUGAUUACACUGAUUAUAUUCUACUUCCUGGACAAACGUGUACGUUCAAAGCAAGUAAUUACAGUUACAGGAAACUUGAAAUCCAUAACGGAGCAGUUAUGCAGAUUGAGGCAUCUAAGAACAAAGACAUUGUGGGCUCGAUCAAAGUCAAAAGUCUUACAAUAUUUUCAGGCGGAAUUUUACAAGCAAUGGUCGCAACUGGUAUGCACAGUCAGCCAAUUUCCACGUAUGGUGGUACAUACGGGGGCUAUGGUGGUGGCGAUAGCAAUAUAAACAAUCUGUAUGGUAGUGUUACUUAUCCUACUGAUUACGGUUCUGCCGGAGGUGGCACAUUAAUUCAUAGGGGAGCAGGUGGUGGUGCGCUUAAGAUUGAAGCACAAUCAAUUAAUCUUGAUGGAACUAUAAGAGCAAAUGGAGGACCAGGCAUCUAUCUUUCAGGUGGAGGUAGUGGAGGAAGUGUUUUAAUAUUAGCAAAGCAAGUCCUCGGAAAAGGAACUAUUCAGGCAAAUGGUGGAAAAAGCACAGGCUCAGGUGGUGGUGGUGGAGGGGGUCGUAUUGCAUUACAUGCACAGCACACCAUUGCAUUAUUUCGAGGAUAUUACGAUGCCAGUGGUGGCUCUGGGAAAACUACCGGAAGCUCUGGUACGAUAUUGUUGAGAGACACAAGCAAAGACAAUAAUUAUGAUGUACUUGUUAUUCAAAGAAAAGGGACUUCACCGACRAAUUUGCCACUGAACUAUACGAAAAACUCUAUUGAUGAACUAAGAUUAGCCUCUGAWGCUACCUUUUCAGUCGGUCCACGGACAUUUUCUGUUGAAAAGCUAGUGACGGAUGGUACAGGCAAGAUGAUUGUUCCAUCUAAGGGUUCACUGAUGAUAGAUCUCGUGAAUGGACCAAGACAUGAAGUAACAUGCGAUAUUGAAAUUCAAACACAAGGUAGAAUGCAAUUCAAAACAAGAGCUGUUUUUAAAGGCCCCAACAGUCGUAAUACCGUAAUUUCAGGUUUGCUGUCAGUACCUGAGUUUGUCCUUGCCGAAACAAAAGCGAUUACAGUUGACGUGUCAGGUGAAAUCAGAGCAAGCAAUAUAACGCUUCGAUCAAGAGCUGCGUUGAAUAUGCGUCCAGGAUCUCUUAUUAGAAAAGACGCUUUACAAAGAAUAGAGUCAUUGGUGUUACACCCCAAUUCUAGAGUAAAUUUUGUUUCYGCUGAUGUGGUUCUCACGGGAGAUUAUAUAUAUCUCAGUAAAAAUUCGAGAUUGACAACAACUAGUGAGUUAAAGUUCUUCAAUAUAACCGCAAGGAACAUGGUUCUAGACAGCCGUGCUAACUUUGACGCUUCUGGUGGCGGUUUAAAGAACGGCCCAGGAACACCAAUCACAUCCGGUUUUGGCUGCGGUCAUGGAGGAGAAGGAGGUGGCGUCAAUGGUGGGAAAGCUUAUGGUUCAAUGUUUGAGCCGAAACAUUUUGGCAGUGGAAAUGUAGUAAGAGGAGGAGGCAUUAUACUUAUUGAUGUUCAAGACACAUUAACACUUAAUGGAUUUAUAUAUGCAAAUGGACUGCAAAGUGGAAAAGGAGGUAGUAGUGGYGGUAGCGUUUUGAUCAAAGCAAAUUCACUUAAGGGUCAUGGGAAAAUUAAGACAGAUGGCGGUGACGCUGAUAGUUCCUCUGGCGGUGGGGCUGGUGGUCGAAUUGCUUUGUACAUAACACACUUCAGCACUUUUAAGGGAAUGGUAACCUCAUUUGGUGGAAGUGGUGGACGAUAUGGAGCACCGGGAACUGUGUUUSUUCAUGAAUACAUAGUAGGAAUACCACGAAAUACUACUGUCAUUGACAAUAACAAGCACAUUACAUCGUCAAAAACAAAAAUAAUGCACGGUACAAAGAGUUCUUACUUCAUUGGCAAACUUCGGCUUGUUGAUGGCGCCACCUUAGAAGUUGCAAACGUACCUUAUACCCAAAUGAAAAUCAAGGUGAAUGAAUUAGAUGGUGAUGGAAGUGGGAAGUUUCAUGUUCUGGCCAAUCAGACUCUUAUUCUUAGCGCAACUAAAGCAGUGACACCUCAACCUUUUAUGUUUCCAUGGGCAAUGAUAGUGGACAGUGGAGCAUCUCUCCAUCUUUCUCCUAAAAUACUUAUUACGAAAACUCAAACAAAGCCAUCUCUUUAUCUUGCUGGAAGACUCGUUGGAGGACAGGAGAUUAAUGUUGCAAAUGAUGGUGUUGUUGUCAUUGCUAAAACGGGAAUGAUUGGAACUUUAGAGGCUUUCCCUGGGAAGUUUUUCUUCAGAUCGUUAAAAGUGUCCAGUGGUGGGACAAUAAGAUUUGAAACAGAGCUAAAACAUAAAGUUCCCGUACUAGUGCAAUCCGUUUCUGUUGAUGUAGGAUUUGGUGGGACAAUGGAAGGACCACAUUUGCUCGUGAAAACACCUCAUCUAAAUGUAGCAUUUAAUGGGACGGUACAUGCAAAUGGCUUAGGAAAUAGACCCAAUCAAGGACCUGGCUCUGGUAGUGCCCAAAGUAAUUCAGGAGGUAGUUAUGGUGGAUGUGGAAGUCCUGGCAAUUGCAAGAUUUAUGGAUCUUUGUACAGAGCAACAGAAUUUGGCAGUGGAGGAGGUGGUAUUCCUGACCUUGAUCAAACCAAAGGCUCUGGAGGUGGCAUCAUUCAAAUUGAAGUAAAUAAGUUAGUUCUGAAUGGUUACAUUUCUUCAAAUGGCGGUAAUGGUAUGAACAGACUAGGUGGUGGUUCYGGCGGCAGUGUCAACGUUAGUGUGUCACAGAACUUUUCAGGACGAGGAGUUGUGACAGCAAAUGGUGGAGAUGGUUUUUUGUCAACUGGGUCAGGCGCUGGUGGAAGAGUAGCUGUUCUAGUAAAUUGUGAAUAUAAAUUUGGUGGUGAAAUGUCCUCUAAAGGCGGGCAAUCAAACUCAAUCAGUGCGUCUCCGGGAACAGUAUUCAUUGAAGAGGUUCGUCCAGGUUUUCUUUCAAAACGACUCCUAAUUGAUAAUCGCCAAAGAACGUCUUCUGUCCCAUCAUAUCUUGGACAUCAAAGAGUUACCUCCUACCAUUUUAACGUCCUCACACUGCUUGGAAAGAUUACUUUACACCUAGAUAAAGACAUUCUCGUUGAUAAGCUCAUAAGUAAUGAAGAUAGCACUAUUCAUGUUCAGGAUAAUGUAACCUUAGAAAUUGAACCGACAUCCGCCCUCCUAAAACCAUCGUGUAACUUUCAAGUCGAUCGUGAUGGAGAAAUAAGGCUUCCUGACACGGUGUCCUUCCUUGGUAAUAAAAACGUAUUUUCAGGAACGCUAACUGGUGUGCUUAACUUCAUUGUUGGUGUCAAUAGGGAGACUCAAUUUCUUUCAUCAGCCCGYACUGCUCGAUUUGUAGAUGGAAAAUACACAUUUAUUACUAAACGCGGAGAAUAUAGAUUUUCAUUUCUAAAGAUCAAGAAAAACGGAACAGUAUCAUUUCAAAACGCUCGUCUUAAAGAAAUCCCUCUCACUAUCGGAACCCUUGAAAUAAACUAUGAUGCCAAGAUACUCGGUAGCUGGCUCAGCAUCCGUUCCUCUACUAUAACAGUUAAUCCAGGUGGUAAGAUUGAUUUAUCUGGUCAAGGUUACACAAGUCAAUCUGGACCUGGAUCUGGAUACCGCAUUGGGUCGACUGGUACUGGAGCAGGUCACGGUGGAUAUGGAGGCAUCGCAUCAGGAAACUUUGGUUCUUGGUAUGGGUCAGCGUUAAAGCCUAACAUUUCUGGAAGUGGAGGAGGCUCGUGCUCCUCUGGAGUUGGUGGAAGCGGUGGAGGGUAUCUCGACUUAGAAGUGGUGACGUCCCUUCUUAUCAAUGGAGAAAUAAAUGCGGAUGGCAACAGCGGCGAUGUUAGAUGUGGUGGCGGCAGUGGAGGUAGCAUAUCAAUAUCGUCUARUGAAAUAAAAGGCAAUGGUUUGAUAAGCAGUUCUGGUGGUAGCUCAUCGAGUGGUGGAGGCGGCAGUGGAGGACGGAUAGCUCUUUACGUGAAAACUCCCUUUGGUUUUGAAGGAACCAUUAAGACAUUUGGAGGAGCAGGAGCUUCUUCAAGUGGAGCAGGAACUGUGUACAUCAAUGACGACAUCAAUCGCUUUGGAAGAAAACGGCUAUGGCUAGUAAAUCGUAAAUUUGCAGGAAAUUCACAAACUACUGUCCUUUCUGAGCCAAGCUCACAAACUGUUUAUUUUCAUGAGCUGAAAAUUCUUGGAAGCGUUCGAUUUGAAAUUGMUAGUCCGAAAAAGCAUCAAGUUUAUAUCAAAGUCGAUGAUUUUAUUGCUGACGGUUCKGGAGAGAUUGCCAUUAAAGCUGAUCAAACAAUGUAUGCUAAAGUGCUAGAGUCCAAAGAAACACACUUGACCAUGAAUACGAAUAUCCACAUAGAGGAGGGUGGUAAUCUUGUCGCUGCUUCCAAUGUUACCGUCGAUGGAGCAACAGUCAAUGUAGAUGGUCGAAUUUCCAACGUAAGACAUCUUGUAGUAGAAUCAAAUAGCCGAGUUCAAUUUGGUAUCACGUCGCAAACUGCAUUGAUGAAGGGAGAUAAGUUUAUUUUCCUAAGCCCACCAGGUACUCAGCAGUUUGCAACAGUGACAUUGAAAAGUGGAUCUGACUUCGGUGCUCCACAGAAUCUCACCUUAAGUGCUGGGACGGUUGACCUUAAAAAUGGAGUUGUACUUAAAGGGAGAUUUAUAGAUAUUAAAGCUCAAAAGCUGUUGAUAGGGAGAGGUGCUUCCCUAUUGACAAAUGAUGUAGUGGUAAUAAAAAGAUACCGAGGGGAAGGGAAAUCUUCUAUAAAAGGGGGAUCUGGYGGAGGACAUGGAAGUACUGGUGGCCAAUCAAAUGUCAAAGAAGCUGGUGGAACAUCGUAUGGGACGAUUUAUAGGCCAUAUCAGCCAGGGAAUCCGGGAGGCGAUGGGCCUAUUCCUUUCACGGGAGGGAAAGGCGGUGGUGUAAUUAGAGUCAUAGUUGAUUUUCUUUGGAAUGAUGGGACAAUAAGUUCAAAUGGUGGAAAUGCUGGCGGCUCAGAUGCUGGUGGYGGAAGUGGAGGAAGCGUUUUCAUUACAGUCAAGAAGUCACUCAAAGGUAGUGGUACGAUGUCAGCUGACGGUGGUCUUGGCGAUGGCUCUGGUGGCUGUGGUUCAGGUGGUAGAAUCUCAUUACAUCUCAGUAGCAGAUAUUCAUACAUUGGUAAGCUUCAAGCUCUUGGUGGUGUUUCGUCUGUGGUCUAUCAAUCUGGUGGUCCAGGAACAGUUUACAUUCAAGAAAUCAGAAAUAAAUUGACUUUCAAUCACCUUCACAUUGAUAAUCGUGGUCAAAGUUGGGAUAAUUACGUCACUCUCCAAGAGCGUUCAUUGAUGUGUGAUUUCGACGAGUUGUACGUUUACAGAAAUGCCUCACUCAGACUUUUUACUGACCAGUUACAUAGACAGUUAAAGAUAAUACGAUUGUUUGGCGAUCGAAGUGGACUUAUUCAUGCCUAUCAAAAUCACAGUGUUUACAUCGAAGCCCAAAUGGCUGUCACCAAACCCUCUAUUAACAUGAGAGUAGACAGUGGAGGGRAAGUUAUUCUUGCUCCAAAAACUUACGUUGUUGGAAAUGCACCAGUGGCCUUUGAGCUUAACGGAACAGUGUCAGGUGUGACUGAUUUAUAUAUCACUCAAAGUAGAUUUGUAAAGUUGAAUAAAGGUUCGCAUUCAUCAGGUCAARAAAAGCRAUUGAGUAGCUUUCAGCUAUCGAGUCUUAAACUUUAUAGUGGUAGCACUGUUACUUUGGAAGACGAAUGUGUCAUGAAUAUUGCUGUUGGACAUUUUAAUGUCAAAUUCCAUGCUUCUUUAUCUGCAUUUCACUUUAUAAUUCUCGCAUCGACAAUUGACAUCGAAACAGGUGGUCUGCUGAGUGCCUCGGGAGAUAACAAAGCUAGAGAAGCAGCAACGCCGCAUGCAACAUCCACUCUUCCCUUGGGAGCUGGUGCUGGACAUGCAACAGCGGGAGGGCGUGGAAAAGGUGGUGGUGGGGGCUCAUACCAUGGCUCAUUAUUUCACCCUAAUGCUGCUGGUAAAUACGGAGGAGCUGGAAUCAAUGGUAUUAGAGGCGGCAAUGCCGGCGGGGUUAUAAAUAUAACAGCUGGGUCACUAGUGAUAAAUGACGGGACCAUUACCGUAGCUGGUGGAGCUGCUUCGACUGGAAGUAGUGCUGGCGGAGGAAGUGGAGGAAGUUUAUUAAUAAAAACGAAAUUGUUUAAAGGAUCUGGACUGAUAACUAGCAAUGGGGGAAAUGGUGAUGGCAAAGACAGUGGUGCUGGUGCAGCAGGCCGUAUAGCAAUAUACACACAUGGCUAUUCAUACCGAGGUUUUUAUCUGACCUACGGUGGCACUUCAUUGGGGGGUAACCACGGUGGACCGGGUACUUUGUUUAUACAAGAUAUUCGCGCCCUACUUCCAUACACCACGYUACGAAUAGAUAAUCUAAUGAGAUCGCUGCAUGAUACUGUAGUAUUGGACGAAAAAAGGAUGGACUCAUAUGAUUUUUCUGAGGUUCAAAUCUGGAAACGUGCAUCCAUAACCAUGGCKCCAAGAAAUAAAAAAACUGUCUUACGGAUGGACAAGCUGGUUGGUGAUAGAACUGGACUCAUUCAUGCCCAAGAUAAACACAUCGUUUACCUAGAAGCAUCGAAAACAGYUCACAGUGUUUCUAAGCCAGCUGUAAAUCUGCGAAUAGAUCAAGGAGGAGAAAUGGUGUUUGGUGCAUCUCUGUAUAUUAUUGGAGAUGGUGCAAAGAACACUGGGCAAAUAUUAGGCGAUUCCUCUUUUACUCUUAACGGUCGCAUGACUGAUGCUGCUAACCUUGUAAUUUCAAAAGCCUUGAAAGUACGGUUUGCAAGUAACGCCCAUUCCUCAGAUAUAAUUGAUGGUAAGCCUUUUGUAAGUAAGAUAGGAGAGUUUAUACUAGCCAGAUUCGAGAUUCAGGAUGGAGCAGAACUUCUUUUUAACCAUUCUGCUGGAAUGCAGGCCGUAAUUGGUGUUCUUCACAUGAAGUAUGGUUCUAAGAUCAUAUCAGAUAGGUUCAACGUCAGUGCUACAACUCUUCUAAUGGAGUCAGGAAGUACAAUCACCUCAUCUGGCCCUGACAGGCCGACUCCAAGCAUUGGCCCUACUAUACCAGGAUCUUGUUUAGGGUCUGGAGGAAGCUAUGGAAGUCAAGGUGGUAUCGGACAUGGUGGGACUGUUAGAAGACCAUUUGGUACGCUGUUCGGUCCAACCGACUACGGAUCUCCUGGUUGCCCUGGAAACAGCAAUGGAGGAAAGGCAGGUGGUGUCAUAUUUUUUAACGUAGGAGACGAACUCUAUUUGGAUGGGGUAUUUCAAUCAAACGGCCAAAAUGCAGGGCCAGGAUCCAACGCUGGAGGAGGAAGUGGAGGAAGUAUUUGGAUAAGAAUGGGUCGUUUUAGUGGACAUGGGAGCAUAACAACUGCUGGUGGGUCAGGAAAUGGAUUGUCAUCCGGUGGUGGUUCCGGUGGACGUAUUGCACUACUGAAUCGACACACUCAAAACAAGUAUCUUGGUGUGUAUUCAUCCUUAGGUGGUGAUGCUGGAGACUCAAGAAAAGCCCAAACUAAGUACUCUGGCGGCCCUGGUACGAUUUACGUACAAGACAUUAGAAAUGAGCAAGUGUAUCGUAAACUAUUAAUCGACAACAAGAAAAGGCCUUGGGACCACUACUUGACUUUAGACGAAAAUGUAAAUUCCUACAUAUUUGAUGAAGUGAGUCUAAUACGCAAUGCGUCUUUGCAUAUGAUACCUGAUAACCGCUUUCUCAAUCUUACUAUUCAUAAAAUUGUUGGUGAUCGAAGUGGACUUGUCCAUAUACACAGACGUCAARUGUUAAAGGCAGAAUACAAACCGACGUCUUACACUAUUACAAGGACUGCAACAAACUUUAAACUCGACAAUGGAUCUGCGGCAAUAAUGGCUACUACGGUAAAUAUCAUCGGCCUCGGUAAAGUGGCAUUUUCUUGGAAUGKAAGACUUAUCAAUGUACGCCAUCUUCGCAUUGCACAUGGCCGACGAGUGGAGGUCGACUGGCAUGCUCAUACCGCUGMUAUUAGGGAUGGCCGUUACCAGUUUAUCGAUCCAGACGGAAGCUUCACAUUUUCUUCAUUGGAGUUCGGUAGUGGAACAAUAAUCAAUUAUCCACCACCCAUGGGCGUACACGUAACGUCGGGGUUUUUGGAUAUCAAGUUUAAUUGUCGCUUCACUGCAGAGUACUUUGAAAUUGAUGCUACAGACUUCUACCUUGAACCUGAUGCUGUAUUAUAUUGCAAAGGACGCGGCUUCACGUCGCAGGCUUCUAAAGGAUCUGGCAAAGACUCUCCAAAUGGUGGUUCAGGAGCAGGCUGUGGUACAGUUGGUGGAAGUGGCAAAUCAGUUUCCGGUGGCGAGGUUUACGGAUCAAUAUACGAGCCUAUUCUUCCUGGCGCACGUGGAGGAUGGGGACCUGUGAGUGCUGGAAGUCGUGGCGGAGGUCGUAUAMGAGUUGACGUUGGUUAUGCCUUUGUUCUUGAUGGAAUUUUAAAUACUGAUGCGGACGACGUUCCUCCUAAUUCUGGCAGUGGUGGUGGUAGUGGUGGCAGCGUUCUGAUUAAAACCGGGUAUAUGAGAGGACAUGGCUCAGUUCUUGCUCGUGGGGCUGCUUCUAACAUUCAUAAGUCUUCUCGUGGAGGUAGUGGCUCUGGCGGUCGUGUUGCAGUGUACAUUCGAAUAAAAGAUGAGUACCGCGGUGGGUUUUAUGCCCUUGGAGGAGUUGGAUCUGGUGACCAGCAUGGUGGUUCAGGGACUAUCUAUGUCGAAGAAACUGUUGGUAAGAAAUUCUAUCGUCGUUUGUAUAUUGAUAACCAGGGAGCCAAACCAGUCAAGACUUUCAUUUUGGACCAAAUGAACCCAAGAACUGUUAGAGCUAAUGCUACUGAAGAAAACAGCGCAAGCUAUGGAUUUGAUGAACUUAUGCUUCAAGGAGAGGCCUUGUUCAAGAUCGCUUAUAGUCCUCAUCCUUCAAUAACCGUACAUACAGUCAUCAGCGACGGUUUAUCUACUAUCCACAUUCAACCUCAUCAAAAGUUUUAUAUCGAAUACGACGAGGUUACACUCAGACGUUCCUUCCCGAAAGUUAACUUUAUCCUCGACUAUGAUGGUGAGCUUUUCCUUGUUCCUGACUUCCAUGUAUCAGGACUUAAAAGUCCUGCCAUCGAAUUCAAUGGCAGAAUGACGGGUGUGUCUAACCUUACCUUAGCUGAAGGUAGGCUUAUUCGUGUUGGCAAAAAAGCAAGUACUGCAUUAACUAAAGGAGGAAACUACACAGAAACUCCUGUAGAYGGAGAGCUARCUUAUGGUGCUCUAGUGAUGGAAGCACGAUCAAAACUCUUCUUUGAGGAGAAGAUUGAACUGGAAGCAGACACACUCCACAUGAGAAAAAGUACUUUGAUAUCCGGCUCUUCGGUUAAUAUGAUAUGCGCUGAAGUAUUAAUAGAGGGAGGUGCAAAUAUAACCACUUCAAGACAAGGACCAUCUGCAGGAAAUGGAGAAAUGCCUGGAUUAGAAAGAAAUGGAGUAGGAUCUGGUGCUGGGCAUGGCGGAUACGGUGGACCCAGUAUGUAUGGUAACGGUAGCAACGGUUAUGGCUCUUAUUUUGCUCCAACUCAUACAGGUAGUGGCGGAGGGGGAGCGUCAGGAGGAAGAGGUGGAAGUACGAUUAAGAUGGACAUCUCGAGAUCAUUUCAUCACGACGGUUUGAUACUAAAUGAUGGUGGUGACGGUCUUUCGAAUUGCGGUGGUGGUAGCGGAGGAAGUAUCUUCAUAAAGACACUUACGUUUUCUGGACAUGGAAAUAUUACAGCUCAUGGAGGCAAUGGGCAGGGUAAAGGUGGUGGUGGGGCAGGUGGAAGAAUAGCUGUUCAUGUGUCAUGGUUAAGAGAGUAUGCUGGAUUAUAUAUGGCAURUGGCGGCUAUGGAUUUAAGGCAGGCGCUAGUGGCACUGUGUACUAUACAGAUACCAAUCAGGGUCUAUCACAUAGACCAGAACUUAAAAAUAAAGGACCUGAUAACCAGACAGUGUAUGGAUAUGGAUAUACAAAACUGAUCAUCGAUAACCAAAACAGAAACCCAGAUAUUGCAACUAUUAUUAUCAAUGAAAACACUACAUACUAUGAAGUAGAUGACCUCGAAACUAAAAACUAUGCCAUUCUUCACAUCCAUGGAGACAAGGCAGUGUUGGUUGCUCRUAAGUUCUCUGGGGAUCGCACUGGGCUUGUUCACCUCCGAAGUGGCCAAACAAUGUUUGUUGAAGUCAAAGAGUCACAAAAGGGUUACACAGUUGCUCCUGUAAGUUACAAAGUAGAAAGAGGUGCAGAGAUUGCUUUUCCUUCGUCUUUAACACUCUUGGGAAUGAGAUGUACUUUUGAGGGUUUUGUUGUUGGCGUGUACGACAUGGUAAUUGCUGAGGGAUCAGAUGUUGUAUUUUCGUCGACRACCCAAACUGGAAUCAAAGAGAAUGGAACAUAUCAAGUUCUAACUACACCUGGUAAUAUAACUUUUCCAGAAGUAUAUGUUCAAAAAGGAUCACGUUUAGAAUUCUCUAAGAUUACUGACUCCCUUACGUUUACUGCUCUGAUAUUCAGAAUCAAAUUUCACAGUCUCGUUAAUAUGAACCAUGGAACUAUAGAUUCUUCCUGGGUUUGGUUAGAGAGCGGUGGUCGCCUUGUCCUUGAUGGCACAGGUUAUAAUAAUGAAUCUGGUCCUGGAAAAGGAAUUACAAAAAAUAAAGCGGGUAUGGGAGCAGGCCACGGAGGACAAGGUGGAGGGUUUGUUUUUGGCGUGAACGGUGGUAAUCCUUAUGGUUCUGUGUACCGUCCUUUGCACUUUGGCAGUGGAGGUGGAAAUGGUAAAGGUCAUGGUGGAUCGGGAGGAGGAAUGCUGUAUUGGAAAGUAGGUCAGGAAAUCGAACUUGAUGGAUUAAUAACACUGCGAGGAAUGAAUGGUUCUGGUACUAAUGCCGGGGGCGGUAGUGGUGGAGGUAUCUUCAUUGAGUGUACCAACAUAACUGGCUAUGGAGAGAUCAAUGUUCAGGGUGGAAAUGGGAAUGAUCUCGGUUCUGGUGGAUCUGGUGGCAGGCUGGCUGUGCACAUUCGAUUUCGUCACAAGUUUUCUGGAAAAUACAAAGCAUAUGGAGGUUAUGGCAAUUCUACAGCAGCCGCGGGAACAGUCUAUGUCGAAGAAACAUCUCGUGGGCCCCAGUAUGCUCUUCUAAAAUACAAUAAAUUAACCAACACAACAAAAAUAGUUGCGACUCAUCGAUACGUGGAAGUGGACGGUGACAACCGAAAAACAAGUUUAAAUACUCUUCUAUUAGAACAAGAGCAUGUCCAAUACGAGCUCGAAGAAUUAUUUUUAACCAGGUAUUCCAACUUACAAGUGCGACAUCCACCUGCAGCUGAUAACGUAACUGUCAUUGUUCACCGCUUCCUCGGAGAUGGUACCGGACGCUUUCACAUUCGCAAAGAUCAAGUUAUUUACGUUGAAGUUAUCGAGUCAGAAACAAACGAAACGUCACCGCCUUGUAAUUUUUUGAUUGACGAAGAUGCAGAAAUUAUAUUCCCUUCAAUUGUUGAUAUAAGAGGGAUGAGAACAAUUAUAAAUGGACGAGUCACAGGAGUCCAUGAUCUGUCAAUUGCAAAAGGAGGGUACCUGGAAGUUUCUUCUUCAACUCAAACUGCAAGAAUAGAAAAUCGGCGUUACGUUGAAAUCGCCGAAAAGGGGAACUUUUCUUUCGGCACCGUUACAAUUAAGCGUCGAUCAACGUUAACUCUUACAAGAGUAAAAUACCCAUUAGUAAUCAAAUGUGCUGAGUUCAGAAUCAAAUACGAAGGAUUGAUAACCAUAAAUUAUGGCUCAAUUUACUCGGCUUAUGGAUGGAUUGAAAGUGAAGGGAAGCUACUCUUAGACGGAAAAGGGUUUGGUCCUGAAAAGGGAACUGGUAGGGGAAAUACUGUGCAUGAUAUUGGAUCUGGUGCUGGUCAUGGUGGUGAGGGAGGAAAGACAAAUAAUUCUAAAGGAGGAUCACCGUACAAUUCUGUUUAUUCACCUUACAUGUUUGGAAGUGGCGGGGGAAAUGGUCAGGGUACUGGAGGACGCGGUGGAGGCAAGCUUUAUUGGGAUGUUGGUCAGCGUAUAGAAAUUAAUGGAUUUAUAGGAAAUAGAGGUUUAAAUGGAACUGGCUUAAACUCUGGCGGUGGAAGCGGAGGAAGCAUGCUGAUCAAAGCUACAAAUGUAUCCGGGCAUGGUGAGUUAGCUGUAACAGGUGGAUCUGGUACAGGUCUUGGUGGUGGUGGUUCAGGAGGACGAAUUGGUAUCCUGUGUAGAUGGAGAUAUAAAUAUGGAGGUAAACUGACAGAUCAUGGUGGACAAGGGAGUAAAUAUGGAGGUGCAGCUGGCACAAUAUACAUUGAAGAAAACAAUCGACCUUUGCAAUAUAGAGACUUGAAAUACAAUAAACGAUUGAACAAAACAUUGAUGACAGUUAAUCACAGAUAUAUUCAUAUUGACAAUGCGGGAUAUGAUGUUGAAGGAGCUACAAUGGUCAUGGAAGAAGGUUCACAUUACUAUGAAUUUGACGAAAUGGAACUGACAGGGAACUCUAGACUCCUUCUAUAUAAUCCURAUAACCAGAAUGUAACCGCCGUUGUGCAUAAGUUCGUUGGUGAUAAAACCGGUCAAUUUCACCUACUUAAAAAUCAAAAGAUAUUUGUUGAAGUAGUGGAAUCCGAGUCUAAUAUAACCGAGGCACCAUGUAGUUACCGCAUUGAUAUUGGCUCAGAAAUAGUCUUUCCAGCAGAAGUUCGCAUGCAUGGGACGAGAAGUGAAAUUGCAGGCUUGAUGACUGGAGUUCAUCACUUUAGAGUAGCAUCCGGUGCUGGAGUUACAAUUUUCUCAACCACUCAAACAGCUCUUAUCGAAAAUCGUGUAUAUGUCGAUGUAUCACAACCUGGAAAUGUGUCUUUUGCUACCUUAAUAGUCAAGCGUAAUGGCAUUAUCGAGCUUCGAAAGAUAACGGACUUUCUUAAAGUUACUGUCAACGAGCUUACCAUCAAAUACGGGGGAACUAUUAAAAUGAAUCAUGGGGAACUUUUAUCGUCAUUUGCUUGGUUAAAUAGUCAUGGUUACCUCUUGGUGGAUGCAACAGGUUAYUCCUCCGAAUCAGGUCCCGGUGCUGGGAAGACAUUGACGUUCCGUGGAAGAGUCAUUGGAACAGGUGCAGGUCAUGGUGGAGAGGGUGCAAUAAAUGGUGGUCAACCAUAUGGAUCUGUUUAUCGUCCACAAGUACUUGGUAGUGGUGGAGGCAAUGGUCAGGGUAAAGGUGGGCAUGGUGGUGGGCAACUACUUUGGAAAGUUGGCAAAAGACUUGAACUAAAUGGUUACCUAUAUGCGAGAGGUGGAAAUGGAACAGGAAUCAAUGCAGGUGGUGGUAGUGGAGGCAGCAUUCUCAUUGAAACUACAAACAUGACUGGUCAUGGUACCAUUUCGGUUGAGGGUGGUAGGCCUACUGGAAAAGGUGGUGCUGGAGCAGGGGGAAGAAUUUCAAUCCACUGUCGGUGGCGCUUCACUUUCGCUGGAAAACUAUCGUUUUAUGGAGGUAUUGGAGCUAAUCUUUCCUCAAGCGGUCCAUCAGGCACAAUGUAUCGGGAACAAAACAAAAGGUCUUUAGAGUAUCGACAUCUUAAGUAUAACAAAGUAGCCAACACGUCGAUUCUCCUAGUUGACAACACGUUUCUGCACAUUGACAACGAAGGGCGUAAUGUCCCUGGUGCUUCAAUGCUCAUGGAAGAACAAACUGUCUACUACGAAUUUUACGAGCUAGUCCUAACUGGAUAUUCUCGUUUGUUAAUAUACCACCCCAAAGACAGCAAGAAUGUUACUCUUGUGACUCAUAGUUUUGUUGGGGAUAGAACAGGUCAGCUACAUAUAAGGAAAAAUCAAAUUGUUUACGCCGAAGUCGUCGAAUCUCAAACCAAUAGAACUGAAGCCCCUUGUAGCUUCUUCCUUGAUCAAGGUGGAGAGCUUCUCGUACCAGCAGAGUUUCACGUACAUGGUAUAAGAUCUGUAAUAAAUGGACGACUAACAGGGGUGCACUUUCUAUUUAUUGAAAAUAGUGCCAGCUUGACGAUAUCUAACACUGCUGAAACAGCAAUCAUAGAAAACCGCACCUAUGUGGAGAUUACUAAGCCUGGGAACAGUUCGUUUGCACACCUCAUCAUCAAAAAUGGAGGAUUACUAAAUCUUGUAAGAAAACCAGGAGUCACAUUGUCUGUAACUUCGACCUUAUUUGAGAUUCAAUACAAAGGAACAGUUCUUGUAAAUCAUGCUGAAUUUUACUCUACUUUUGCUAUGAUCGAAACGAAUGGUGUUGUACGGCUAGAUGGCGCUGGUCAUGCUGGUGCUAAAGGACCUGGUACCCCWGACGACCUUCCUGGACAAUAUGGCUCAGGUGCUGGUCAUGGAGGACAGGGAGGGCUUUCUUCGAAUGGCCACACUAAUGGAAAGGCUUAUGGUUCCGUUUACAAACCCAGCGAGCUUGGAAGUGGUGGCGGRAAUGGAACUCAAAACGCUGGCGGCUCAGGCGGUGGUUGCCUGUUGUGGGAUGUCAGUAAAUUUCUUCACCUCGAUGGACUUAUAACAGCGCGUGGGCAAGAAGCAUUGGGAAAUUAUGGCGGGGGAGGAAGUGGUGGCAGUAUUCUAGUUGAUGUAAUGAAUAUUACUGGACAUGGAGAAAUUAAUGUAAAUGGCGGUGCUGGUAAGACUAACGGUGGUGGAGGUUCGGGCGGCCGCAUUGGUAUCCAUGUUAACUUCCAAAACAAUUAUGGAGGUGUAUUCCGGUCUGUUGGAGGUCGCAGCAAUAAAAUGUCACUUGCUGGCGCUGCAGGAACAGUAUAUAAAUAUGAAAGCAGGCGAGGCCCACAGUACCGAGAGCUGAAAUACAACCCAAAUGGCAACUUUUCGUACUUCAAACCGCAACAUUCCAAAGUUAAAGUUGACAGUGAAGAUGUCAAUGUUCCAAUUCAUGCUGUUAUAAUGGAAGAUGAUACAGUUUCCUAUGAAUUUGAUGAGAUGCAGGUUGAAAAUCACGCCACAGUUGUUUUCUAUCAUCCCAAAAAAGCUAAAAAUGUGACCGUCAUAGCGCAUGAAGUGACUGGUGAUAAAACAGGAAUUAUUAAACUUACCCGAAGGCAACGGCUGUUCGUGUUUGUCGUGGAGUCCACCCAUACAUAUAUGGAUGCACCAUGCUCGUUCUUUGUGGAUGACUAUGCUGAGAUCAUUUUCCCAACACACGUGGUUCUCAUAGGCGAAACAUCAACCAUAAAAGGCCGAAUAACAGGUGUCGAAAAACUAGUUGUGGAACGUGGAGGUUUAAUUGAGUUUUCAAGCACCGCUCAUACUGCUAGUCUUCCGAUUCAUUCCAACUGGCAUCUUGAUAAUCCCUUUGAACCGUUUACACCUGGCAUGUUGAUAUUUCCAUCUGUUACAAUCACAAACAAAGGGGUUCUGAGAGUGAGUUAUUCUGGUGUUAAAGCUUUCUUGUUAAUUGGUGAUACAACAGUUAAGAAAGGUGGAACGCUUUUGCUCAAAACUAGGUAUGUCACUAUCCAUGGUGGUGAUCUUACUAUAGAGGGUGGAGGAGUCAUCGAUGGAACAGGAAGUGGUUUUCCCUCUGGGCAAGGACCUGGAAGUGGUACUGGCUCCGUAGGUGGAUCCUAUGCAUCUGCAGGAGGACGUGCAAGUUCGGGAAAGCAGUAUGGGUCAUUAUACACACCCAAGUUACCUGGUAGUGGUGGAGGGGGUGGUGCUGGUGGAGCUUGGCUAGAAGUUAAUACAGGAGGACGUUUCCAUGUUGAUGGCAGUGUUAAAUGCAAUGGUGAAGGUAAUCAAGGAUCGUCUAGUGGCGGUGGAAGUGGUGGUACAAUAAUCAUCCGGACGUUGUUUCUAAAGGGAUAUGGCACACUUGAAAGUAUUGGAGGUCCAAGUAUCCAAGGUGGUGGUUCUGGAGGCCGGAUUGUCAUUAGAUUGACAGAACCAUUUAUGUUCCGUGGUGUGAUUKCUGCUUGGGGUGGCAGUAGUACCAAUUCAGCGCAUGGUAGUCCUGGAACUGUCUAUAUACAAACAAAUAUUGGUGACGAUGAAUAUAAGUUACUUUUCGUGGACAACCUCAAUCGAGACGAAAAGUUCCAAGUACUUUUGGAUGAAACAACAAUGGAUGAGUAUCGUUUUGAUGAAGUUAAACUUGUUAGAAAAGCAACACUUGCUCUGAAAAAGAAACCAGGUCGAAAUCCCAAACUUUACGUGUUUAAAACAUCUGGAGACAAAAGUGGUUUGUUUUACGUCAGCCAGGGCACAAUAAUCCAUAUAGAGCCAAAGAGCAUCCGAACCCAGCCUCCUGUAAACUUUGAAGUGAAGCAAGGGGGAUUCUUAGAGCUGCCUCUCUUUACUGGACUGUCAGGGUUAAGAUCCUAUUCAAUGAAUAUUGAAGGGUAUGUGUACGGAGUUGAAGAGCUUCAAAUUUCUAAAUCGUUAAGCGCAAGAUUUUCCAUAUCUGGACAGUCUUCAUGUUAUGGAUGCAGUUUGCCGAUUUCUCAAGGGCAGUACUGGUUCAAGAGGCUUAAGAUCGCAAACAGUGCCAAAGCAGAAAUAUCUAGCAAUUCUGUAAAUGUUAAGACAAAAACUAUAGUACUGCAUAUACAGACUUUGGAUGUACAAGGUACAGCGUCAAUAAACACCGACGUUAUGGAUAUCUUCACCGAUUUUAUGAAAAUCCAAUGUGAUGCUAAGAUUGAUUCUUCUUCUCGUGGUUACCGAGCGUAUCAGGGACCUGGGUAUCACAGUGGAUGUGGAUCUACAGCUGGUGCUGGACAUGGUGGCGAGGGAGGCUACGGUGAAAAAUGGGGUUGCUAUAAGUGCUCUCAGUCAGGCAAGGGAUUGGCGUACGAAAGCCCCUGCACAGCAUCURUGGCUGGAAGUGGUGGAAGCCAACCUGGAGGAGGGGUUAUAUAUUCUACAACUGAGCGUUUAAUAGAGCUUGAUGGCUCAAUCAAUGCAAACGCAUAUAUGACAGCAGGACGUGGACAAGGCGGUGGAAGUGGUGGAACUAUAUCUGUAAAUGCAAGGUAUUUCGAGGGACAUGGAAACCUUAGAGUUCAAGGUGGUAAUGGUGCUUACUGGAGGUCAUAUAACUAUCAAUGUCACUCCCGAUAUCAGUACUCGCAAGGUGGAGGAGGUGGUGGUGGUCAUCUUCGUCAUUUCUCACCAGAAGCGGUCAGAAGAAACAUAUUACGAAACAGAGCUGUUUCAGGUGGAAGUCCACGGUCAGGAGCUGGAAGGAUAUGUGCUGACGGUGAAAAAUGCAGCGGUCAUGGCACAUGGAAUGCUGCAAUAGGCAGCUGUUCGUGUACACAUGGAUAUUAUGGUGUUAGCUGCUCGUAUCGCUGUGACCCCAACACGAACUGCUUGAAUCAUGGUCAAUGUACUGGCUCCGGUGGUUGUAUUUGUAACCUUGGUUAUGUUGGGUAUCACUGUGAGCAUCGUUGUAGUCCUGAUAUAGACUGUAGUAGUCAUGGGCGUUGUUCUGUAACUGGAAAAUGUUUAUGUGACCCCUGUUAUCAUGGUGAUAAAUGCCAGUACCACUGCUCUGGUCGUGGAAACUGUAUAGCCAAUAGUUGUAAAUGCGAUUCUUGUUAUGUUGGUACAUAUUGUCACUCUGAGUGCUCUGGCCAUGGUAACUGUACCGAUUCCAAGUGCGUUUGCUCGUCGAAACGGAAAGGAAUCUUUUGUGAGGUUCCAAAGUGUCCAAACGAUUGUUCAGGGCAUGGCAUUUGUAACAGCUUUUUGCUUAAAUGUGCCUGUGAACCAGGAUGGGGUGGUAUUGACUGCAGCUUACCUGACUGUUCUGGUGAGCCAAGCUGCUUCGGACGUGGCCAGUGUAUAGAAAUAGAUGGUGUUACAGCUUGUCGAAACUGUACAGCAGGCUGGAUGGGACCAGCAUGUAAUGACCCAUGUGUUAAUGGUGUGCAGAAACCUAUGGACAGUGGAAUAUGUGUGUGUGAUCCUUGUUGGUCAGGAAAAGGCUGCAAUUCGCUCUGCAUGGGACACGGUGUUUGUCAAGCGAACUAUUGUGUUUGCGAUCCAUUAACUGGUUGGCGAGGUGAGUUGUGUCAAAUACCAGGUUGUCCAGGAAUUGGGGAAGAUUGCAGUGGAAAUGGUGAAUGCAAUGGUGCAACCCACACUUGCACUUGUAAUAAGGGAUGGACAGGAGUAGGGUGUCACAUUCCAGACUGUCCAGGGGCUCCGAACUGUAACAACAGAGGAUUUUGUAACACCACGUUGGAGCCUCCUUCGUGUACUAACUGCUCAGCAGGAUGGAUGGGACCAGGAUGUGGCGAUCGUUGUCUUUAUGGUAAACAAGUACCAAUGGAUAGCGGUAAUUGUGUUUGCUUUCCAGGCUAUACAGGGGUAGGAUGUGACAGUGAAUGCUCACAACAUGGUAAAGUAGUGAAGGGAAAGUGUGUGUGUAAUGAUGAAUGGCGUGGUACUCUAUGCGAGAAUCCCGGGUGUCCAGGAAUAAGAUCUGAUUGUAGUAGUCAUGGUGACUGCAACACAGCAACACAUAAAUGUACUUGUCGUAAUGGCUGGACAGGAAGGGGAUGUGAAAUUCCAGAUUGCCAAGGAGUACCAAAUUGUUUUGACCGGGGAUAUUGUAAUAUUACCUUUGAUCCUCCUGUAUGUACCAACUGCUCACAAGGCUGGAUGGGACCUGGAUGUGGAGAUCCUUGUCUACAUGGAAAACAAGUACCUAUGGACAGCGGCAAUUGUGUUUGUGAUCCAGGAUGGGUGGGUGUUGGCUGUAAUAGUGAAUGUUCAGGUCAUGGCUCUGUAAUCAAUGACAUGUGUCAGUGCCAUGAUGGAUGGAGGGGUACAUUGUGCGAGAAUCCCGGUUGUCCAGGUAAAGGGAGUGACUGUAGUGGUCACGGUGAAUGCAACAGUGCAACCCAUGUAUGUAUUUGCAACAAUGGAUGGACAGGAGAUGGUUGUGAAGUGCCUGACUGUCCAGGUGACCCAGAUUGCAACCGCAAAGGUCACUGUAACGAUAGCUACARCCCCCCAAGGUGUACAGACUGCAUACAAGGCUGGAUGGGACCAGCUUGUGAUGAUCAUUGUACAUAUGGUAACCAAGUCCCUAUGGACAGUGGUAAAUGUCAGUGUUAUCCAUGCUAUUCAGGUAGCGGGUGUGACAUGGAGUGUUCAAAUCACGGGAAAUGCCGAGGAAAUCAAUGUGUGUGUGAUCCUGUAACUGGUUGGCGUGGUUCUCUUUGUGAGGUUCCUGGAUGCCCUGGAGAUGGAAAAGACUGUACUGGUCAUGGGACGUGUGAUAGUGUAAACCAUAAAUGUAUCUGUGAUCCAGGGUGGAAGGGACGUGGAUGUAACAUUCCUGAUUGCCCUGGAACACCAGACUGCUUUGGGCGCGGUUUCUGUAAUGGGACAGGAAGAGGCUCACCAAUUUGUACAAGUUGUAAUAAGGGAUGGGCUGGAUCAGACUGUAACCAGCGUUGUCUCCAUGGCCAUCCAAAAGACGGAGUUUGUGUCUGUGAACCGUGCUUUACCGGAAGUGGAUGCGACAGUGAGUGCUCUGGUCAUGGCGAGUGUGUAAAAGGAAAGUGUCAGUGUGAUCGAAAUAAUGGCGAUGCAUAUGUAGGUGAAAAGUGCGAACUUCCAGGAUGCCCAGGUAGAGAUGGUAAUUGUAACGGCAAAGGAUUUUGUAAUAUGCGUUUGAAUAAGUGUGAAUGUUAUCCUGGAUGGGCUGGYGACGGUUGUGACGAACAUGACUGCCCUGGUUACCCCCCAUGCUCAAACCAUGGAGACUGCAGCAACACGUUUCCAAGGAAGUGCAAUUGUCACUCCAAGUGGGCCGGAGAAAUCUGUAAUAUUCCGUGUGUUAAUGGCUUAAACUAUGGCAAUUCAUCAGGAUGUAUCUGUGACCCAUGUUACUCUGGAACAGGAUGUGAUGCUGUCUGUUCUGGAAAUGGCAAAUGCAGGAAUAAAAGGUGUUUUUGUGAUAUCGAAAAGGGCUUUAAAGGGGAUGUGUGCGCUAUACCAAGCUGUCCAGGAUUUCCUCACGACUGCAGCAACCAUGGAAAAUGUAAUAAAGCAACGCUUAAGUGCCAGUGUGACCCUGGUUGGUCAGGGAGGGCUUGCAACAUACCUGACUGUCUUGGAGUUCCUGAAUGCAACAAUCGCGGUAAUUGUCUCMCGCCAUCCUACCCUGGUGCGCAGCCAAUUUGUAAUUGUACGAAGGGCUGGGCAGGUGUUGCCUGUGAAUUGCCAUGUGUACACGGUAAUUCUACUAAUGAUGGUGAAUGUUCUUGUGACCCAUGCUACAAUGACAAGGGAUGCCAAUUCAUGUGUUCUAAUCACAGCGAUGUAUGUAUCCAAGGACAAUGUGACUGUGGAUUUGAUGGAUGGAGAGGACAAUUUUGCGAAGUAAAACGAUGUCCAGGGCACAAAGUAGACUGUUCUGGUCGUGGUCAGUGUUUGUCAAUCACAGGAACGUGCAUGUGCGACGUAGGAUGGAAGGGUAUCGGUUGUGAAAAACCAGAUUGUCCAGGAGAACCAAACUGCAACGACAGAGCAAGAUGUAUUUCAGACAAGAUUCCCUAUUGCGGCCCAUGUAAGUCAGGAUGGUCGGGGCUGGCAUGUGAGGUGCCUUGCGUAAAUGGCACUCAAAGUAAAACAAAUGCGAAAGUUUGUGAGUGUGAACCGUGCUACAAUGGCCUGAGUUGUGAUAAAAUGUGUUCAGGAAAAAAUGGCACAAUGUGUUUGAAUGGUACUUGUGAUUGUGGAUUUGAAGGAUGGAGGGGUGAACUCUGCGAAAAUGUUGGCUGUCCAGGAUGGGGUACUGACUGCACUGGACACGGGACAUGCAACAGUGCAACCGGGUCAUGUACCUGUAAUGCCAUGUGGAGUGGGAUCGGUUGUGAAAAGCCCGACUGCCCUGGGACACCAGACUGCAAUAAUAAUGGAGAUUGUAUUAGUGCCGACAUACCUUACUGUAAAUGCAAAAAGGGGUGGAUGGGGGCCGCAUGUGAAAUCGCAUGCACUCACGGUAAUGUGCGUAUAACAGCCGAUGGACAGUUUGUCUGUGACUGCCAUUCUUGUUACAGUGGGAUAUCAUGUGACAUUGAAUGUUCAGGAAAGGGUAAUUGUACUAAUGGCACUUGUGAUUGUGGUUUCGAUGGCUGGCGAGGACCUGCCUGUGAGACAAAAGGGUGUCCAGGAUGGUAUAAAGAUUGUACUGGGCAUGGCUCAUGUAUAGCGGCUCUCGGACUGUGUUAUUGUCGACCGGGUUGGGGAGGAAAAGGUUGCCAUAUACCUCAAUGUGCUGGAGGAGGAAAUUGCAGUGGUCAUGGUACUUGUGAUGGAAUGCACUACGAUCCUCCUAUCUGUAUAUCCUGCGAUCCUGGUUAUAUGGGGGAUGACUGUGGGAUACCGUGUGUGCACGGUAAUGUCACAAAAACCGUGAGUGGACAAGUCUGCGUGUGUGAUAGCUGUCAUACUGGAGUGUCUUGUGACAAGGAAUGCGACCGUCACGGUUCAUGUGUCGCAGAUCACUGUCAAUGCAGUAAAGGAUGGCGCGGGGUAAAAUGCCAGAGAGUAGGAUGCCCUGGUGUUGGAACAGACUGCAGUAAUCAUGGCGUUUGCUUAAGCGUUACACAACAAUGUGACUGUUUUAGAGGAUGGAAGGGUGAGGGCUGUGAAAUACCUGAUUGUCCUGGUUUUCCUGACUGUAACAACAAAGGAGACUGUGAUGGCAACAUCAACCCUCCUCGCUGUACAAACUGCACUAAUGGAACAAUGGGUGUAGGUUGUGAAUUGCCUUGCAUCCACGGGACAGAAUUCCCCCCUCGUUCAUCAAUUUGCAAGUGUGAUCCAUGCUWCAAAGGUUUGGCUUGUGAAAUCGAAUGUUCGGGAAAGGGGUCUUGCAACAAUCUUUCUUGUACUUGUCAUCAAGGKCGUAAAGGAGAUUUGUGUCAAUUCCUGGAUUGUCCAGGAGAACCUGAUUGUAGUAACCGUGGUACAUGUGUACAACAAGGACGUUUUCCCUUGUGCCUAUGUAAUCAAGGCUUUGAUGGUCCAGACUGUAGCCGUCUCGUGUGCCCAGGAACACCAAUGUGUAACAAUCGUGGCAAUUGUACUCUCGUCGGCAAUGUUCCACAGUGUACUUGUAGAAACGAAUUCCAAGGCAGUUCUUGUGAAAAAUGUAAACCUCGUUACACAGGAUCUGAAUGUGAAGGUUGUAUUACUAACUAUAUCGGAUGGAAUGGAAAUUGCGAUGUUUUCUGUGUGCACGGAGAUGCAAAAGGCCCGAAUGGUGAUAUCUGUAGAUGUCACAAAAAUCCGUUACAAGGCUACUGGAAUGGAACAACAUGUGAGCAAUGCGUGACAGGGUAUGCACUACCAAAGUGUGAUACUUGUGAUAUUGCACAUGUCGGUGAAAAGUGUGAUAUCGAUUGCGUGACUACCAAUGCUGCCUAUCGCGACCCACGUGACGGCUAUGGAGACAAUAGCGAAAUUAUACCUUUCCUCGACUGUUUAGAACGAUUUCCAAAUGGAACAGUGAUAGCCUGGUUUGGGUACGAAAACAAGAACAGCCAUAAUGUGUACAUUUUUGUUGGACCAAAUAAUCAAUUUACCAGUUCAGUCUUGCCUGAUGGCCUUAUUGGUUUUGUAAAAAGAGCAAACGGGRAUUUCCCACCGGUUAUAAUCCCAUUACCAACUAAUAAUCUUGGCCAGCCAACAAAGUUCCGUCCUGGAAGGCAUCAAUAUGUUUUCAAAACAAGAAUCGAUGAUAAAAUUCCAUUGAACUGGAUUCUUGCCUAUCCGCUUUCAAAUAAAAGGCUUACUGUCAGCGUUCAAAGCUUUAAUAUCAGCGCACGUGCUUGCAACAAUGAUGACGUCAAGGUGAACAAAUCAAUCACAAAAGACUUUAAAUCUUGUAUCUGUAAAGAUGGCUACUGGGGAAGGGCGUGCCAGAACACUUGCCCUGGAGGAUCUUACGCGCCAUGCAACCGUAACGGAUUCUGUAACAAGACUUCAGGAGAAUGCAUUUGUGACUUGAAUUGGCGUGGAAAUCAAUCUUGCAGUAAGUGUACAGAGGGCUGGUAUGGUGCCGAUUGCUCGGUUUUCCUUCAAAGAAACAACUUCACUGCAUCUGUGUUUGCUCAAGGAAAUAUAAUCACUACGGACGGAUCGAUUUACAGAUUUCUUGGCAAUGGUGAAUAUUAUCUACUAUUCUCUCCAAGUUUAUCAUUCGAAAUCCAAAUCAGAAUGACGUCCUGUUAUUCUUCGAGUUCCUGUGUWAAUGCUGUAGCGGUAAAUGCCAGUGGUAAUGUCAUUAUGAUCCACGGGAGAUAUUCUAUUACUGAAGAUGCUGUUGUUUACGUAAACGSAAAAAGAUCGCUCAAUUUGGAGGUUGAAGUCGGAAGUGAAGAAGAAAAACUGCUAUUAAGGCGCAUCUCGUAUCUUAGAUACAGACUAACCAAUCAAUAUGGAGUACGUGUURACAUUCGCUUGUAUGAUCGAUAUAUGGAUAUCCAAACGCACAUUCAAAAUGACAGCUAUUGCUUGAAUAGUGAUGGCCUUUUAGGAAGCUGUAACGCAAACUAUUUUGAUGAUUUCAAUUGCAGAGGUGGUGCCUUUGUAACUAAUAUGAACCUGACUCAGCACUACAUCCAUGAAGUCUACGGUCCUUCAUGGAGCGUGCCUAACAUCAAUAGUCUUUUUGUGUACGACAGGAAAACUUAUCGCGAGAAACAGAAACUACAAGGGGGAGGAUAUGCGCUAUUUUUCAACAAUACAGGAAUACACACUAGAGACAUCUAUAGCUUCUCCUCUUCAGAUAUUACCAUCGAACUUAUUGUGAAACUUUUUGGAGAUGAUGGAGUGAUCCUUUCUUAUGCAACAACAGAAACAUUUGCCUUAAUUGUUCAGUCCAGAAAGAUCCUCCUACAAUAUGCUGAUAAAAGUGUCGAUACUUAUAUUACUUUAGAUCUAAACACGUUCUAUCAUUUGGCUGUUGUAUGGACACGUGACUAUCAGAUUAUACAGUUUUUCUUCAUUGAAACUGAUGGUACUUUACAAAGCCGUAAUUUCCCCGUGAAAAGUGAAGUUUUUGAACCUGGAGGAGUGCUUGGGUUAGGAUACUGGGUACCAUCACCUACCGGUCACGGAAAGCCACCGUCUGCAACGUUUGUCGGCGAAAUAGACGAACUGCGUCUGUGGAACAUCAAACUCUCUAUGUCAUCAGUAUCAUCCAAUAAAAAUCGAAAUUUUGACUGUAAAAAGGUGCCAGGGCUUGCAAGUAUGUGGAAAUUUAAUGAAGGUCAAGGCAAUAUCGUAGGUGAUUGUAUAUCAGGAGUGGAUUUSGUUAUACCUCAAUCUAUUUGGCAUUCAGUUCACUGGGUCUAUUCUGAUGCUGACAUCCGAAUGUUCUCCUAUGGCACAAUUGCAGCAUACAGCCUAAGGUAUCAACAAACCCUGGAGUUUUCCGAUACUGAAAGAAAAUGCAACUACCUUCUUUAUUCCUCACAAAUGAUGAAAAACUGUAUAUUCCUGACCAAUUCGACUCUGUCAUUCUAUUACUCAUCGUGCAUGCACACAGUGAUGAGGACGGGUAGCUUGGAUGAUGCUUACUGGAUUGUGAUGGCUCUUGCUGAUAUGUGCUCAUCGAUCAUAACUAAAACAACUUGGCUUGCCUCAUCACUAUGCAAAGACGUCAASAGGCUGAACUUCCCUGAAUGGUCUGGUACAUUUUGUACUGAAUUUUGCCAAUACGGCUUACAAAGUAGCGGUAACAUCAACGACUGCCAGUGCAUGAAAGGUUUUUUCGGAAGAAACUGCUCUUCCAAAUGUCCAGGAGGCUACCUCUCUCCCUGUAACGGUUUUACAGAUACAUGUGAUCACAUCUCCGGUUACUGCCAGUGCCCUGCAACAGCAAACAUCUCAAGUGAUUGCACCGUUUGUAGCAAAGAUUGGACGUUGACAGACUGUUCUGUUGCCUACCUACGGAACUCAUCUGGCUUACGUUAUUGUCAAGGUUUUGGUUCUGGAUAUUACGUGUCCUUUGAUGGGGUGCAUUUUAAGUUCAACACUUAUGGCGAGUAUUAUAUCAUCAAUUUGCCACAACUGGCGGUGCAAAUUCGUCAAAUUCCAUGUGGUGAUUCAUUCUGCAUAUCAUCCAUAGCCGUUAAGACAACUGGAAAAUCCUUUGCAAUCCGCGCCGCUUUUAACCGCACAGGUAAACCUSUUGUAUGGAUUGAUCGACGUCGCACRUUCGAGACCCAAGUCGUUUUGGAUGGGCGAUACAUGUAUCGUAAGGUAUCCCCUGAUACUCAUGAGAUAACCAACAACUUGACAUUGCCACGUCUACAAUCGCUGAAGAUAAAGACCUCUGGCAAGUACCUUUCUUUUGAACUUCUACUUGAACAAAACCUGUGUCUGAAGAAUUCUGGUUUAUGUUCCUCGUGUGAUGACAGUCCGAGCAAUGAUCUUUCAGAUGCAACUGGGACCUACUUUUGGGGAAAUAAUGGAAGUCAGUCUAUUGUAACAUCUGUUCUAUCCAAGCGUUGGCAAGUCUCAUCUGAACAAUCUUUGUUCAUAUUCAAUACAACAUCUUAUCAUGAACAGCAACAAAUACUGUUAUCUGGGUUUUGCUUGUCGUUUGACGGAACCAAAGCAUACACAAAAAGUCUCACUGGAAUCUUUGAAAAGAAGGAAGACUUUACUAUUCAGCUAUUCGUGCUGUCAAAGAUCGUCGGGGGAACUAUUUUGUCAUAUGCCACCAAGACUACUUUUGCGAUUGUAAAUGAUAACACCAUACAGCUUUACUUUGGAAGUCAAAGAUUCGAUACUAGCGUAACUUUGAAAAAGGGAAAAUGGUACCAAAUAUCCAUCAGUUAUCAACGCAAGUUAGGCGUCCUAUCUUACCAUCAAAUCAGUGAAGGAAACGUACUUUAUACAAAGAAAUUCUUCAUUGGCAAUAGAAGCAAGUUCCCACCAGGUGGUUCACUAUGGCUUGGCACGUGGUAUAUAACAAAAGAGACCAUCCAUGGUAUUCCGGCACAACCAUUCAAAGGCAGCAUUGAUAACCUCAAGAUAUGGAGAUUCUACUUGGAUGCUGUCAAAAUCAGGAGAAGCUUUUCAAUACCUUUACAAUAUGAUACCAAUGGAAAUGCAACAAUUUGGUUGUUUGAUGAAGGAGAAGGACGUAUCGUCAAAAAUGUGGGAAACAACGAAAAUCUUAUUCUUUUACCUGAUGURCAGACGAGAAGACCAAGUUGGGAAUUUUCAUAUUCAGUUGAAAGACCUCCAUAUUUGGAUAGUACACUGAAAACAAACAAAUCUUUACUAACAAAAGCAGAAACAUUUUGCCACAAUCUGAUUUAUGAUUCUAAAAUGAUCAAUGGAUAUGGCCAGUACUUCACGAAAGCUCAGCUACUGUUCUACUAUCAAGCGUGUGUAAACACUGUGCUUGCUACAAAAGACCUUACUGCGGCCUAUUCAUCUGUGGUUAGUUUGGCUGCCCAAGUCAAGACAAGAUUUAAUUUACCCACAUCACCCGUACAGCACAUGUGUCAUAGUCUUUCACCAGGAUCACAGUGGAUCGGAUCAAACUGCAAUGUGCGUUGCGUCUUCGGGAGGGCUGAUUUUAGUAAUGGAACUGUAUGUGUUUGUGACUUUGGAUACUGGGGUUCAGACUGUGCAACAGAGUGCCCUGGUGGAGCUCUAUCUCCAUGCAGUAAUCAUGGGAAAUGUGACAUCAUUUCCGGUGACUGURAUUGUGAACUGAAUUGGAGAGGUAAGACCGAUUGCAGUACAUGUUCUCCUGGAUGGACUGGCAGUGAUUGCUCUGUAGCAGUUUCAACAGGGCACUUCCCAACUUGUUCGGGAUUUACCGGAGGUCAUUUUACAACUUUUGAUGGKGCCAAUUACAAUAUUUUUGAUGUAGGAGAGCUCUGGUUGGUAGAAAAUCCAUCAUUUAAAGCUCAGCUGCGACAGAUUCCGUGCGAAAAUGGUAUCUCUAGGUGUAUCAACGCCCUUGGGUUUGCAUAUCAAGACCUAUGGGAAGUUGUUAUAUAUGCUCCAAGAACAUCAUCUGGUCUUCCAAUCGUCUUUCUAAACAAUGUAAAAGUAGCGUUUGAGUCAACGAAUAUUCCUCUUAACGGAGGCGCAUCGUUUGGUUUCAGUUCUUCGACAGUAUUCACAAUUAAAAGCGAAAAGGUUGGACUUAUAAUACAUGUUCGRGUGUUUGAACGACGUUUAUUGUUUAACCAACGAGCAUCUUCAAUGUUAUGUAAAAGCACAAGUUCAUUAUGCGGAAACUGCGAUGGUGACAGUGGCAAUGAUAUGCGAAGUGUAUCAAGGAUUCAAAACAGCUGGCAAGUAUCGAAAGAAGAAAGUCUGUUUAGACAUGUUUUUGACGGUUAUGAACAGCAAAAUAUACCAACUGGUGCAGAGUUUGGACUCAAGUUCAGAGGUGUUGGSUUGUCCAGUAGCUUAGUACCCAAUAUUUUCACUAGUACCUAUGUCACAAUACAGCUCUGGUUCAAAUCUGAAACAUCAAAAGGUGGAGCUUURUUUACAUAUAGCAAAUACAAGUCAUUCACGUUAAUCAUGGAUAACACACUGAUCGUCCGCUGUGGGAAUGUAGUGUGGGAAACAGCAUUGCAACCCAAGAKUGAUAUCUGGAAUCAAGUAACAAUGGUGUAUUUUCGGGUUACUGGAGUACUGACUUUGUACUUGGCUACAUCCAAAGGCGUUGUAAAUCAUAAAACAACAACCUUUGAACCAGGGCUUUUUACGUCUGGCUGUAUAUUAGCAUUAGGUCAGUGGAUUCCUGGGUCUACUGAUGCAUCGAUUGCCGCUCCUCACGGAUUUGUGGGAUACUUGGAUGAAAUUCAAAUAUGGAAUAAAGAGCUCACUCUCGCAGAGGUAAAGAACAGUUGGGGGCAAAAUGUACAAAGAACUGCACAUUAUUUGGCAAUCCUUUGGAAACUCAAUGAAGGACAAGGAAGUAUUCUUAAAGACUUAGUAUCAAAUGUUAACUUGUACAUUCCUUUCGUUAYAAAUGCUCCAGUUUGGGUAUACAGCUCUGCUAGCAUCGACAUUUUGCGCAUUUCAAACGUAAUCAAGUUUAAUAAUGCAUCCCUGGAGGCGUACGCCAAAAGAUGGUGCACAGAAAAUCUUCAGACAUCUCCUGCUGGGCAAUUGUGCAAAGGAAUGGGUGUYGGGAGCAUCGAAUUCUACUAUAGAAGCUGCCUUAGAAUCAUAAACAGUUUAGGCACUGUAUCAAAUGCUUUGGAAAAURUUUUGGCGCUUUCAGAUUCCUGUCAGACAUCGUUGAAUCUAAAUGUUUGGCCUGCAAGGCAAAUGUGCAACGUUGAUGUUUUUAAGCAUUCGCGCUUUAUUACGUGGAUUGGUGCUAAUUGCGAUAUAGCGUGCUUAUUUGGUCAUUCAAGCUCCUUAUCGAAACARCAGUGCGUCUGCGACGAUUCCUUCUGGGGAAUUCACUGYAACAACGUUUGUCCUGGUGGUCCRCUAAACGCAUGUCAUAGUCAUGGACAGUGUUCAGUAGACACGGGUGACUGCAGCUGUGAGUAUAAUUGGCGUGGAAAGUCUGAUUGUAGUAUGUGUUCUCCAGGAUUUUAUGGAAAAGAUUGUUCCAUUGCCUUUAUUCCGUCGGGUCCUCAUGGAGUUGGUGGAGUUUCAGGAAAUGGCCAUUUUGUUACACUAGAUGGGCUUAAAAUCAAGAUAAAAGUAGCAGGAGAGUUUUAUGCAUUUACUUCAUCACGCUUAAAUGUCAAGGUUCAAAUAAGAUUCACCAAAMAAGGGRRGUCCAUGCGMMYUGGAUGCGYAUCUGUUCAGGUGGAACGUGCGAACAUUGCAGUUCAUACAAGUUACGGUAGUUCAGGGCAGGUUUUGGUAAAUGUCAAUGGAGAGCAAAUAAAUCCUAAGAACGAUGUCUCCCURAGUUCUUCGGGCUUUUACUUCCGACGUGUUUCGAACGACAAAUAUGUCAUUUCAGGUCCAGAGAAUUUUARACUAACACUGAAUCAGCGCGGAUCACAUAUGGGUGUUGCGUUAACCAUGGACAAGUCUGCAUUUUCAGAUGGAUUUUCCUGUGGAUUGUUGGCACAGUGGGAGCAAAAUAAUACUCGUUGUGCAGUGUUUGGGAGUGGAAAACUCAAGGACGUUUCGCUUUUGACACAAGCAAUAAUUGACGAUACUGUGAAAGACUGGAUUGUWCCUCGUAAUGAAAGCGGCUUCAAAACAGUUUUAAAAUUUGCAAAAGAACCUCACAUAAUCUCCGRUGCGGGAAGCUGUUUGCGAUUUAAUGACUCUUCGUUAAUCACACCUCCUCUAAGUGAUAUAUUCGGUGAUCUCUUCGUAGCUGUUCAGUUUUAUAUCAAAGCUAAGGACCCUAGCCAUCGUGGGGGAGUUGUUAUAUCCUUUGCACUUAACUCUACAUUAGCCUUGACCAUCAACAACACUCUUCAGAUAAUCUAUGAAUCAAAUACUUAUGACACAGAGAUAGUUCUAGAGACAUUGCAGUGGAACCAGCUUUCUUUAGUAUAUUGGAAGGUGUCCGGCGUGUUMCAAGUAUACUUGAUGUCUUCAAAUGGUACUCUUUCAUUGAGAACUAUAGAAAUUGGCUCUGGUGCCUUUCCAGCACGCUGUACAAUGGGAAUCGGUAUUUAUCAAGUCACAACGUUUGAGUUAGUAAUGCCAGGUUUCGUUGGAUGGAUUGAUGAGCUUGUGAUCUGGAAUCGACGUCUGGAUGCGAUUAUGGUACAACAAUUGUGGAAAGUAAGCMUGGAUGCCUCCAUAUCUGGGAUUACUGCUCUUUGGAAGUUCAACGAAGGCUCUGGGUAUAAAGCAAGAGAUUCCAUUGGUUCUUAUGAUAUUAGCUUGCCCAAACCACCAUGGAAAACACCAGAAUAUCAGCCAUCAGAUUUGCAAAUAUCAGGWGCAUCAACGCCAAGCAARUUAUUUCGCAAUAAGAUUCUCGAAAAUAAGGCRAAACAACUGUGCUCUAAAAUAAUGCUGUCUGGUCCUUUCAAUCAGCAAUGUGCUCAUGCUGCRGGAAAUCCUGAUUCAUUUUACCAUAAUUGCUUAGAAGAUAUUGCUGUUUCCGGAUCGUUAAAUUCAGCUAUCGAAUCAACAAUAUCAAUGUCRACGAUGUGUCAGGUAGCCCUAAACUUAACAAAGWUGCCAGGACAAAGUCUUUGUAACAUGUUUCCAGACGGUCGAUAUGAUGAUUGGGUAGGAAAGAACUGUACUACUCGAUGUUUGAAUGGCAUCUUUGUAAAAGGAAAAUGCGUCUGUGACAGUGGGUACUGGGAUUACGACUGUUCAAAGGAAUGCCCUGGUGGAGCAGCAAACCCUUGUUACGGACAUGGUUAUUGYGAUAAGCAAAGUGGAGAGUGUAUUUGUUCUUGGAAUUGGAAAGGGGACAAGCAGUGUAAAACAUGUUCGAAGGGAUGGAUCGGUCAAACAUGCUCUAUAGCGAUAUCAAAACCCACGCAGAACGUCACCCUUUCAAAAAAUGCAACUGUUGGGUGUACAGUUUUGGAGGAUGGCUUCGUGUCGGGAUUUGAUGGMUCACUUUAUAGCUUUACUACUGUCGGAGAGUAUUUAAUGAUAACAUCAUCCGAAAUCGAAGUACAGAUAAGACAAGUACCUUGUUAUGUUGGUGCAUUGUGUAUAAAUGCUAUGGCUAUGUCUUAUGAACGAUUCAAAAUCAGCGUCCAUGCACCAUACUCAAAGAAUGAGAAACCAUUGUGGUACGUGUUUGGUAAACGCUAUGAGGUUUCCACUGGAUUAUAUUUAAGCGGUAUUUCUGUAGAAAUGCGUUCUGYCAAAACCUACCAGAUUCAAGUGGAAGGCUUUUUCACCAUAACUCUUACAAUCAGUGAUAGAUAUUUCAGCCUCGAAACAAAGGCCAUCYUUGAACAAUGUAAAGGAUUUGGAGGGCUAUGUGGAUCAUGUAGUUCUGCCGUUAGUAGUAACACGUCAAGCGUCAAUGGCACAGUAAUUGAAAAGAACACUGUACUUGAAGGGCUUAAAAGACAAAAUAUGUCAUCCUCAAYGACAGUUAAUGAUUACGUCAAAAACAAGUUGAAAGUUCAACAUGAUAAAGAAAAUGACAAUUUGAUUGUGAUAGACAAAGAAAAUCACAAGGAAACUCGAAAGGUGUACGGAGGUAUCUACUGCCUAUAUUUCAACUUCUCUGCGAUAUUCUCCAACAAAGUAACCAGCUUAUUCAACAACAAUACUGUGACGAUUCAGUUACUAGCAAAGUCUUGCCGGCCAGAUAUCUGUGGUGGAGUUCUCCUUUCGUAUGCAUCAUUCGACACGUUUUACAUCAGUAACUAUAAAACAGUCCACGUUGGGAUAGGGAACACAAUUUAUGACACACAGCUGGAAACGAACACUGACGUAUGGAAUAUGAUUUCUGUUGUUGUMUUCCAAGAAAAGAUGGAGAUUUUUAUCUAUUUGACUGAUUACCUAGGAAUAGUUCGUUACAAAAGCUUCACCAUUAGGAUCUUUCCUUUUGUUGAUGGAGGRACGUUAGCAAUUGGUCUUUGGCAACCGGCAUCGGGAGCGAAAAAUACUCCMGUCAAUCACAUCUUCCGAGGCGUCAUCGAUGAAGUACGUGUUUGGGAAAGAGGCCUUGAUUAUGCCGUAAUCAAACAAAGUUGGUCAAAGAACAUAAAUUUUGAUGCACCUUCACUGACGGGACUGUGGAAAUUCAAUGAAGGAGARGGCCCGUUUGUAAAAGACUCCAUGUCGAGAAAUCAUUUAAUGUUUCCUAAAUAUCCACUGAAAGMUCCAGUAUGGAUUUUCUCAGAUGCACCGAUAGAACUGAUCGUCGGGAAGAGUCCUAAUAAGAACAAUGUGACUCUUUUAAGAAUUGCAGAASAAUCCUGCCAAAACUUCAUCUUCUCUGGAUCUAUAUUCAAUGAAUGUAAAAGAUUGGGCAAUGUAACACUACAGUUCUAUUUCCGCGCAUGCACUUCGGUAAUAUUAUCAACUGGUGACGUUUCURAGUCAAUGGACGUCAUAGUAGCAUKCUCGUCUACCUGCCAAAACACACUGAACCUUCCUUCGUGGCCUGCUAAAAGUCUUUGUAACGCCUUUCCUGGUAAGGAUUUCCCCAAUUGGAUUGGUACAAACUGCACAACACCUUGUCAAUUUGGGAAAGCUUCCGUUAAUAAUCUUGAUGUAUGUGUAUGCAAUAAGGGAUAUUUUGGAAAAAACUGUUCUGGAAUUUGCUAUGGUGGGCCAUCCAAUGCAUGCAAUCAACAUGGCACAUGUGACAACAUAACUGGAAAAUGUACUUGUGAAAUUAAUUGGCGCGGAAAUGAGAAUUGCACGAGGUGCACUAGUGGAUGGACAGGAAGUGAUUGCUCCUUUGCUGUCACACAGACAACUUCAAACAAAGACCUUCCUGUUGUAGCGAGUAUUUCAGUUCGGGGGCGUAUCACAACAUUCUCUGGCCUGAGUUUUGUGGUCAAUCUGAUUGGAGAGUACUUCCUUAUAUACUCCAGUGAUAAUACGGUACAAGUGCAAGUUAGAUUGGUUGAAUGUUAUGAGAAGUUUUCAUGUAUUCGAGCUYUGGCUGUGCGGAUAGAUAGACAUUCUAUUAUUUUCAAUGCUCCAAUAACAUCAAAUGACAGAGCAGUGAUAUGGGUGGACAAUGAACAGACUGACAUAGACAUCAAUACUCCAUCAUUGGGGAGAUAUGGCUUUACCAUCACCCGUCAGUCAUUAGAUCUUUUCGUCAUUAAAUGCCUAAAACUAUCCAUAUCUAUAAGAAUCUAUGGAAAAUAUCUGAUGAUAAUCGCAAGACCUUCGCGCAUACUUUGUCAAGAUUCGAUUGGAAUAUUUGGGGAUUGCUCCAACAACAUACUGACAUCCUUGAAAUCAUUUUCACAAACCCUAAACUGCUCAAAAUCUCCAUUAAACAUCUCCUUGGCCCAGCAAAGGAACUUCACCUCGGUAAACUUAACUUCAAUAAUGGUUCAAAGACUUUUUCAAAAGCUGAAAGUUAAGAAAUGUCAUGGGAUGUUUAUCUACGCAUACGAUGGAGUUACGGUAUACCCAGACGCAAACACUGGCUACGCUCUGUAUUUUAAUCACACCGCAGUAAUAUCGUCAGCACCGAUUGUUGACGUUUUCCGCCAUAACGAGAUUACUCUUGACUUCAUGAUAAAGAUCAGUCAACAUGGAGUUAUUAUAUCUUACUGUAAACAGAGAACAUUCUUCGUUACGAGCUUUGGGGGCAAAUUCGCCGUGGUUUGGGGAAAUGAUACUUUUAUAACGAACAUCAAAGCGGAAACAAAUGUGUGGAAUCAGAUUGUUUUGGUCUAUGUGAAGUCAACUUAUAUUCUUCACUUCUAUUGCUUUUCUUCCGAUGGUCUUACCCAAAGAAUUGACUUUGAACUGAAAUUCGGUGACAUUUUUGAGCCUGGUGGACAUUUAGCAGUUGGAGGAUGGCUUCCAUCUUUAGACAGAAGUGGACCACAAAAGACAAUCUUCUUCACAGGAUUCAUUGAUCAACUUCGUAUCUGGAAUCGCUACUUUCAUCCUGCAAUCGUACAGCAGAUUUGGAAUAGAGAGGUACGAGUGAAAACAGAUGCACUCAAGCAUGCUUGGCGAUUUAAUAAAGGACAAGGGACUGCUGCCAUUGAUGUUAUAGGCAAUAUCAACCUAGAGCUAGCGACAAAGCCUUGGCAUGUUGCAGAGUGGAAAAACUCAGACGGAAUGUUAAAAAAGUCUUUCUAUGGAGCUAAAUCCUCCUAUGAAUUUAGCAAUAGGUCAUUAGAGAUAUAUGCGCAGCAAUUUUGCCACAAAUUGUUUUUGGUUGGCACUAUAAAAGAAACGUGUGAACGUCUGGGUGAAGGUUCUAUAUCAUUUUACUAUCGCAGCUGCCUAAGGAUAAUUGCUCUUAAGACAAGCUUAAGUGCAGCCAUUGAAGUAGUGAUUGAUUUCUCAGACUACUGUCAAUCUGUCUUGAAUCUCAACGAGUGGCCUGCGAAGCCUCUUUGUAAUGACUUUGAAGGCAAAUACUUUCCUAUAUGGUUCGGACCAAAGUGCAAUGUGAUGUGUGUCAAUGGAAUCAAAAAGAACCCCAACACAUGCAUCUGCAGGAAAGGGUUUUGGGGAAAAGACUGUGCGAAAGUGUGUCAAGGCGGAGCGGCUCAUCCUUGUCACGACAAUGGCGAAUGCAGUACCUUAAGUGGAAUGUGCACUUGUAAAACAAACUGGAAGGGUACCAAGACGUGCUCUGCGUGUUCGCAAGGAUGGACGGGCCGUGAUUGUUCGAUAGCAACAUCAACAUCAAGUUCGAAUUCUGUAAUAUCUGGAAGUGGUCAAUACGGGACAUUUGAUGGAAUUAACUUCUUCCUGACAAGUUUCGGAGAGUUUACCCUUAUAGAAAAUUCAGACUUCAAUUUCACUGUCCAAAUAAGACAGGUGCCUUGCCAUCUCCGUUCUGUUUGUGUUAAUGCUAUUGCUGUGAGGUUCGCAAAUACCACAAUCGCAUUGCAUGGUCCCUUUAAAACGUCCCAGAGCGAAUCAACUAUCUGGAUAAACGGGGAUGUUGUACAGCUUACAGACCUAGUAAGACCCUUUGGAGGAGUAGCAGACCAGCUUAACAUCACAAUAGUAUCUAGGUAUCGAUACCUUAUUACAUGGAAAGAUCUCGUCAGUAUUUACAUCCGUAUUCAAGGACGUUACUUAAGUAUACAGCUGCAUCCCAAUASUGUCAUUUGCAAAAACUCAACAGGUAUUCUUGGAACAUGCGAUAAAAAUCCAAGCAACGAUUUUGUUGGAUUGAUUCAGAACUUAACACAAGCUGACCUUACCCAAGGUAUCAUUAAAAAACAAGCAAUUCUAGAAAAAGACAGUUUAUUUCAUCUGCUCAAGCAACACAACGAGAUGUCAUCACCAACAGGAGCUCGAUAUGCUCUAUUAUUCCAGAACACGGGAGCGUCCACAAGCCCUCUUAAACAUUCRGUAGCGGAAAAUGACUUGACAAUCGAGAUUAUGUUCAAACCUUUGAAACAAGGAGGCACUGUGAUAUCCUACUCAAAGCGCAAAACAUUUGCAGUCACUAUAAACGUCACUAUCAAAUURCAUUUUGGGACCUUUGUGAUAGACACUGGAAUAGCAGUGAAACUACGUUGCUGGAGCCAGAUAUCAAUUGUGUGGUACUUCAAAGACACUACAUUGCAGAUUUAUCACUUCGAUGAAGAUGGAAACGUGGUGAGACGUCGUUACAGCUUCAUGGAAAACCCCUUCCUCUCCGGUGGAAUUCUUUCACUUGGACAGUGGGAACUUUCUCCGGGCGAUACAGAAGCUCAAACCAAAUCUGUGUUUCACGGAGUUAUCGAUGAAGUGCGUAUCUGGAAAAGACUGUUUGAUCCUGUUUUAAUUCAACAAAAUAUCGGUAUGAACGUGCUACCAACUGAUCCAGGAUUAUCGGCAUUGUGGAAGCUGAAUGAAGGCGAGGGGUAUGUUGCGCGAAAUCUUGUUAAUGACGAACAUUUAAAACUAGCCCUUYCACCAUGGAAACAGCCGCUUUGGAUUUUCUCAGAUGCUCCGGUAAAACAGCAAUAUAUAUCUAACAUUCAUCCCUUCGAAGUGCAAUUUUCAUCCAAGAGUUCAGAAAAAGAAAUCAGAAGUCAUUGUUGGAAAAUAUUUUACGAAACAGAACUAUUUUCAAUAUGCAAAAGUCUUCGAGCAGAACUUGACAUGUACUUCAUGAUGUGCUUAAAAAAUGUUGCARYAUCCGGCAAUCUAGUAUCUUCCAUAAACGUUGCCAUUACAUUUKCUGAUCAUUGCCAAGCUGUACUCAAUCUUCGUUAUUGGCCGGCAAAGACAUUGUGUAACAUUGUAAGUAAUUAUUCCUUCCCCGAUUGGAUUGGUGACCGAUGUGAAACAAAGUGCGUUUUUGGGACAGCCGAUCAGUCCCAUGGAAGCUCUUGCAAAUGUWUKUCGGGCUUCUGGGGAGAGGAAUGUAACCACGUUUGUCCYGGAGGAAUAGUGCACCCAUGUGGAGGCCAUGGAAGAUGUGACAGCCGAACUGGAGCAUGCUCUUGUGAUGUAAAUUGGAGUGGAAGCCUCAACUGUUCUUCGUGUGCCAUCGGUUGGUAUGGAGCCAAAUGUCAGUAUUCAGUCAGCUAUGUUGUUGUAAGCAAAAAUCAAACUAUUGCAGUUGCUUCCGUUUUGGGYCCAGGAUAUUUCUUUGGAUUUGAUGGAAUUGGAUUCAGUUUGGAAACAUAUGGAGAAUUCUACAUAACUAGAUCUAYCRUCGACAACUUUGCUGUACAAGUGCGUCAAAGUGUUUGUGUUACAGGUGAAAAAUAUCACAAUCUAUGUACGACUGGCCUAGCUGUACGAUUUAGAAAUGUUAAGAUUGUUUUGCGGGCGUCCAUAAYAGCCAUUCAUGACUCACGCAAUGCAAUCCUAGUGUGGCUGAACAACAAGCUCAUCGUUGUAAACCAUGUAACUCAACUGUCGGCGUAUUUUGUGUUAACUCGCACAUCAAGCGUCACUUAUUCCAUCCACGGUCCAAACAGCAUUAGAUUUGAUUUAAAAGUCGGUCAGAGUCUCUCAUUUACCUGUAACAUCCCACGUCUGUAUUGCUUAAAUGCGUCUGGCUUGCUAGGAUCAUGCGCGUUACCACCAGUUACGUCUCUUAAUGGUACCGAUUUUGACAGCCAAAUUCAAGAACGGCAACAGAAAUCUUCUGUAUCUUACUCUGAUACACUCUUCGUGUACACGUUCAAACAUUUUACCGAGCCUCGCGUGUUAACAGGAGGUGGACUUAGCCUAGUCUUCACGGAUAGCUUCGCACUAUCGAAUCCCUUGAAUUUACAAGAUAUCCCCGUACUUACUGURGAGUUAUUGGUGAAAAUCAAAAUGUACGGAGGAGUCAUACUAUCAUACUCAAAMGACAAUACAUUUGCUUUGAUCAGUUAUAACGAACUGAUUAUCAGAUAUCGAGGUUAUGACUAUGACACGGGGAUUUCAUUAGACAUUGGAUAUUGGCAUCAAAUUUCAUUGGUUUUCAUACAGUCUUUAGGAACAGUAAAAAUCUAUGUGUUUGACAAAAAUGGCGUUGUUAAAAUUCGAGUUAUGCAACUAGACAAAGAAAUUUGGAAAAGAGGUGGCAUUCUUGCGUUUGGGCAAUGGAUUUCGUCAAAGGACGGUAGCAAACCACCAUCAUCAAAUUUCCAUGGCACAAUUGACGAAGUAAGAAUUUGGAAGAGAGUAUCUAACCCAGAUCUUGUGAAAAGCACCUGGAGAUUAAAUGUUCAGCCAACGGAAUACCAAGAUCUUUUGCACCUGUGGAAAAUGAAUCAAGUACAAGGCGGUGUGGUGUUCGAUCUUGUAGGAAAAAAUAACCUCUUGUUAAAGAAAUUCCACCGACCAAAAUGGCAGUUUUCAGAUGCAAAUGUCUCACUACCUGAUCUAUCAGUACUCACGACAACAGGUGUUUUCAAAGAGAAAGMAACGUCAUUCUGCUUUUCCCUUUUAUUGAAGGGACCGCUCUUUGACAAGUGCGAACUACUCGGGAAACAAAUAGCUGACUUCUAUUACAAGGCCUGUCUGCGCGAAACAAGUAUAUUUAUGGACRUCAAUGCAGCUAUCAACUCAGUGAUAUCCUUUGCGGAUUAUUGUCAAAAUGCACUGCAACUUCCCACGUGGCCUGCAAAGGAACUAUGCAACUUUUUUUCAAAUGAAAGAUUUCCAUACUGGAUUGGUGAGCGGUGUGAUGUUAAAUGCUUCUUCGGAUACUCUGUUCCUUCUCCAAAUGAUACAAAUGAGAUUGAGUGUAAAUGUGAAAGCGGUUACUGGGGAGAACAUUGCGAAAACGUAUGUCCUGGCGGACUUUUUAAUGUGUGCAGUGGACAUGGAACGUGUAAUUCAGUCAAUGGAACAUGUACUUGUGAGCCACAAUGGAGUAGUGAUAAUAACGAGGAAUCAUCAGAGUUACCUUGUUCAAAGUGCUCAGACGGCUGGUCAGGUGCGGAUUGCGACGUUGCAUUCACAACUAAURUUUCUAAAACUGGCAUGACAAUAGGCUUUGGAGAUCCACAUGUCACUACAAUUACUGGUGUAAGCUACAACAUAGAGACUGCAGGAGCGUUUUUAUUUCUCAAUACAACUCAGGUWACUGCUCAGAUACUUCAAAUCCCAUGCAACAACAGGUURUCCUGUAGACGAAUUUCAGAGCUAGCUCUAAGAACAACUAGAUUUUUGCUGACAGUGAGAUGCCCCGACUUAGCCGAAAUUGAUGCGAUGGUGAAAGACUUACAAACUGGAAGAACAUURCCACUUGACCGUGAAAAGUCAUGGGUAUCGUUUACUUCUGAUGAGGAGAACUCUCGCUACCGCUGGCCAACUCCCAAUAUUCUAGAAAUGGUUUUACCUAAUAAUGAAAAAGCGACUUUAUUGUUUUACAAUGGAACAAUAGGAACUGCGAUUGAAACACUGCGUUCGGAAAAUAACGACUCUCUUGGAUUAGGCGGAAAAGCGACAGGCAAUUGGAUAACGUCAUUGCAAAGUUUUGAAGGGGCCAACACCUCCAAACUAUUGACUCAGGAUCUAUUAGAAAAUAAUUGUACAUCAAACGCAAGACUAAGUGAUGAAGACAACCUACUGAGAAAUAACUUUUCAAACCAUGCUUUUGAUGGAGCAGGGUUUAUGCUUGGGUUUACUCGUGGAUAUUUGUACAGUCGCAAAUUAAAACAUUUCCCUCUCUUGGAUGAAUUUACUCUAGAAUUGUGGAUAUGCUUUGUUAAUGAUGAUUCUUCAGUUGAACUUUGUUCUGUGACGAGGAAACAAGAAAACAGAACAAAMACACCAAUAUCUGGCGAACGUGCACUGUUCUCUACUACAAACGCUAAAGAAAACACGGAGUUUUCCAUUGCUUAUGAUAACUUUGGCUUUAAAGUGAAAUGGAACGAUCAAACCUUGAACACUAAUUUGACUAUGCUCGAAGGAGUUUGGACACACCUUUCGGUAACAUGGAGAAAUAACGAUGGACGUUUAGAGAUAUUUUCCAACUCUUCUUCGUUUAAUGAUAACUUCACUGUUUAUGGUGUUCAAAUGGGUCAUAAACUGGACUUAAGAGACACAUCAGCUUUUGGUAAAUACCUUAGAGGAUCGUCAUUUGUAGAAGGAUAUGAUCUUCAUGGGGCAUUAGACGAAAUACGUCUGUGGCAAUAUGCAAGAACMGAGCAAGAAAUUUCAUCUUUAAGACACUCCAAAUUUGAUUACUUCAUCRAAGGUCUGCUUCUUAGUAUGCCACUGGACCAAGGAUAUGGAAAGUCAAUAGAUGCUUGGAAAUACCCUUACCUAAAUACCCGUAUGGCUGAUAUUAAUAUAACAAACCUAGCUCAAAAUAAGACCAAGGUUCAGUUUUAUAUGAACGAAGAAGGUGAAGCACCCAGAUGGUUACCAUCGGGAGUGAAGACUACACCCCCUAGCAACCACACCUUGGCCUUUUAUAACAACAGUCUGGAARAAGAAGGUCGAAAAAUCUGUCAAAAGUGGUUUUACACAGGCAAUGUACAGAUGCUCUGUAGCUCUAAGCUGGUUUCCCAGGCUCAGUUCUAUUAUGAAGCCUGCCUCGCGGACAUAGCGGACGGAGGUUCAAUCGCACAUCACAAAUUGUCAAUCAGUUUGUUUGGCUUUUAYUGUCACAAAGUUCUUGGUGUCGAAAAGUGUAAGCUCCAUGGAACGUACGAUGCUUUCCCACCAUGCUUUACCGAGGACCGUCGUGACGUCGACUUCCCGAUAGUGAUUAUUACUAUARYGACAGUAGUGGUCGUUGUAGUUGUCAUYYUUUGCUGUUGUUUCAUUUGUUGCURUAUGAGAAGGAGAAAGAGAAAAAGGAAGCCAAAUAAGGCUCAAAAAGAAGCUGGUUACUUAGAUGAAACCGAAGGGACAAUGUAUGCUAUGUAUUCAGCAGAUGAACCCGGAGAUAUGGGUAUGAAAGCCAUGUUGAAAGACAAAAAGAAAAAAGGUACAAUCCAAGGAGACACAAAUAAAAUUCUCGAAAUGUAUGGUGGCGGUGAUGAAGAACAAGAAGAAACCGUCGUGUAGUCACAGCUUAAAUAAUUCUUAAAAUAGAAACAGAAAUCUUAAAAUAGAAUAGGAAUACCUUCAAUCCUUUUAAGAAUAUGAUKGAGAAAAAUGUGAUUUUUUUUACUCGCUGAAGUAGAUUUGAAAUUGACUUUGCAACUGCAACUGUGGCAGUCCCAAGGGAUUAGGGUCUAGAAAUAUAGUUAAUAGAAAAAAAGCUUUUAUUUUUCAAAAUGAAUAUUCAGUUUUUAUAACCGACUAAUAUUAAAACACAACUCCACAAUUUUUAGAUAGAUUAUUAAAACACAACUCUACAAUAUAAAAAUAAUAUUAAAACAAUAUAAUAUUAAAACACAACUCUACAAUUUUUAGAUAGAUUAUUUUACUUUAAAAAGUACAAUAAUAAGCAUAUAUACCUGAAUAGUAGAGUACAGGGACAGACGAUUAGUAUUUCAACACUUUCAUAAGACUUGUAGAUUGUCGUGUGUGAUUUCUACUGAUUGAUGAUGCUUCUUUUAUUACAAAAACAAUUGCUUGAUAUAAAAAACGUUUUAAUAGUGUGUGAAUAAAUGAAAUUUUAUUUCAA